CUGUAAGAAGGGAGCAUUCGAAUGGUUCUGGAAUUAGAACGCGGCCAAUGUUAUUGCUGUUACGGAAUACCUGCACAAACAGCCUGCGUGCUUCGAGUCUACUUUCGAUAAAUCUAUUGGAAGUAAGGCAUUUAUUUUAUUUUUUUUAGAGGGGGGGAGCUCCAGGAUGUAGCACUUUCUCAGCGUGAUGGGUCCAAUGCAGCUAACGUAGGUAGCGGCGGUGCUCAAAUAUUACCACCACACGCCGAUGGGAUCCCAUUAAAGGUUGGCAAAUUUUGGCAGACGUGGUAGGUGAAUGGAUACCAUGUCCAAUACGAUAGCUGCCUGACCUAAUGGUAGUGUGAGAGCCAGCAGGCAUUGUGGCAAGUCCAAGGCCCAGUUACCCUCUCAAGCUUGGUGAUGGUUCUCUGCUAAGUGAGCCUCCCCAGAGCUUCCUUUUCUGUACUGGCAUGCAAAGCAGCUAACUAGAUCAUAUCCUUCACACUUCUCAAAUUAACAGUCUGUUACUCUAAAUCCCUGCCCACAUUGUUACAUCCCCAUCUUUUGUUUCUGCUCUCCACCACUUUUUUUGUUGUUGUGGGUGACCCCUAAUGUGUGUUUUUUUUUUUUGUAUUCUCCCCCCCAACCCCCUUUAUUUAAUAUUUUGUAUAUUUGAAGGAUCAAAUAUUGGUGCAGUUUCCUGUGAGAAUAUUUACAAUCAUACACAACAUUCUUUGAAUGUGACAUCAUGAUAGCAUAUGUAGUUGUUCAUAUUCUGGAAGAAUGGAUUUUUUUUUUAUCUUUUGGAUAUAAGUGACUCUUUGUCUGGGUAGAGAAGAUUUAUUUUCUUGAGGGGGAAAAAACCCUUUUGUUGCUCAAUGCCCUGGAUUUUGUCAAAGGAACUAAACUUCUCUACAUCAACGGUUUUUGUGAUGGAGAAGUGGAAACAUUCAUGAAGACCCUAGAGUCCAAUUUGGAUUAACCAUCUGCGUCUUCAGUUGACAGUAAAGCUGAGGAAAGGAUGUCAGAUCCUAGUUACUGGUCAGCGUUCCCUGGAUGUAAGGCACACCUGGCAAAGGGUGCUCUGUUGAAGAGGUCAAAAAGGUAAACAUUACAGUCAUGGUGUGGAAAAUUGCAACACUCCUAUUAUAUCUGCUGUGCUUCACACAGAGAGGCACUGAAACCAGUCCUUUUGUAUGAGAAGCAUUCACAUCUGAUUUGUUUUGGGGGACAAAGAAGUGUGGAAGAGCACUCUCGGAGCCGUCUAAUGGAUGUCUGGGAGAGUGCACCCUAAACAUUUUAUAAAAGUGCUAAUUUUUUUUAAACAAAACUAGCAUGUUUAUAAUUUGAGAUAAAGAUGUUAAUUCCCAAAGCUACGUCAAAGCUCCGCCUGCUAUAUAAUCUCUACUCCGAUGCUUUACUGUAGUUAUCUCUGAUUUAAAAGUUACCCACAAAUGUCAGAAAAAUACCUUAAUCCCGCUUGUUCUGUAAAUCUAUGUACAAGCAAUAAACACAUUUUUUAGUUUAAUUUCCUCUCCAAAUAUAAGUGUUAACAAUAUAAAACUGGAGAUAAGUCUCCUUGCAAUAAUCUAAUCAUAAUUUCUAAUGGUAUAUAACAACCAGGAAACAUUUCUAUUGAUACACUUAGCAGUGAUCUUGUUACAUAUAAGUAUAAGACUUCUGUUCUCAGUCUUGUAUUUGCUUGGUUGGCAGGGGAAUGCUGGAAAGGGUGGCUGAGGGGCACUAGCCUACAGAUGUUCUGCCUUGCAUCACCAUUCUUCUUGUGAAUGAGGUGCAUAUUUUGGCUAUCUGGCUCCCUCCCUCUUAUUUUUGUAGUUAAAGGACCACUAUAGUGCCAGGAAAACAUACUCGUUUUCCUGGCACUAUACUGCCCUGAGUGUGCCCCCACCCUCAGGGUCUCCCUCCCACCAGGCUCUAGGGGGAGGAAGGGGUUAAACUUACCUCUUUCUCCAGUGCCGGGCAGGGGACUCUCCUCCGCCUCCUCGGCUGAAUGCGCAUGCGCUGCAAGAGCCGCACGCGCAUUCAGCCAGUCUCAUAGGAAAGCCUUCUCAAUGCUUUCCUAUGGACGCUGGCGUCUUCUCACUGUGAUUUUUACAGUGAGAAGCACUCAAGCGCCUCUAGCCGCUGUCAAUGAGACAGCCCUAGAGGCUGGAUUAAUCCUAAUCUAAACAUAGCAGUUUCUCUGAAACUGCUAUGUUUAUAGAAAAAAGGGUUAACCCUAGCUGGACCAGGCACCCAGACCACUUCAUUAAGCUGAAGUGGUCUGGGUGCCUAUAGUGGUCCUUUAAGGGCAUAAUUAAGGAUUUCGGAUUGAUGGAUAAACUUUCCUAUUUGUUACACCAUACCAUCUCACUUUUCACUUACAGGAAUUCAUGUUUGUGUUCCUGAUCCUAUAUUGUUAAAAACACUAUCUGCUCCCUCUCCCUUGCCCCCUAAAUAUAGUAAAAUCCUACCUUUAUUCCACUCUGCUGCUGCUGGCUCUGACCCUUGCCAAUCAGCAUCUCUAUGAGGAAAGUUAAGUGUCUCCAUGCAGAGGGUGGAGACACUGAAAGGCAGUACUGCAUACCACUGACCUAGGAAGCACCUCUAGUAGCCAUAUGAGCAAUGUCCAGUGGAGGUAUCCCUAGGCUGUAUUGUAAACACUGCAUUUACUCUGAAAAAAGACAAUGUUUACUGCGAAAAGCCUGAAUGGAAUGAUUCUACUCACCAGAACAAAUACAGUAAGCUGUAGUUCUGGUGACUAUAGUAUCACUUUAAGUCUGGGAACUUUGGUUAUCAUUCACUAAUGAUAUUCUGCAUUGAGUUUUUAAUGUCAAGGACUAUGGGGUAAUAUGAGACUUUCAUCACUCAGGAUGUGCUCCAGAUGUCAUUGGUGCCAAUGACAUUGUCACUGUUGAACAGAGUCUGCAUCUCAACAUACAGAGAUCUAUAUGACAAGUUACAAAGACAUAUGAAUAUGGCCACAACAGUAAUUCAAGAUUAAAAGGACACUGUAGGCAGCACCCUGACCACUUUAGCUCAUUGAAGUGGUCUGGGUGCCAAAUCCCAUCACCCUUAACCCUGAGCAUGUAAUUAUUGUAGUUUUUAUGAACUGCAAUAAUAACCUGCUGGGGUUAACUCCUCCUCUAGUGGCUGUCUACCAGACACUUCUGGGUGCUUAGACGGCUUUCCUCUCUCAACUAGGGCCACAUUUAGUGGCCACGGGUUGGCUGAUGAGCUGUAUGUAGCUCUUAAAGUGAGAGCUGCAUACAGUCCUUUAAAUCCCUUUAAACCAGGGGUUUAACUGUGGGCCGCAUCCGGCCCGCCAGGGUCCUAAACCCGGCCCAACCACUCAGGGCCACCCGAUGGGCCCUAUAUCUUAAUAGUGCAACCGGACCCCUUUAAAUAAAACAAAAACGCAGCCGCAAGCUGCAAGUACUGAUGGGAGGAAGUGACAGCUGGUGAUCAAGAGAGCCAGGCCGCAGGAACCAAGCCGACUCCCGUCAGCAACAGCCUGCAAAAAAAGUAAACAAAAUUUGCUGUGUGUGUGUGUGUGUGUAUGUAUGCCUGUCUGUGUGUGUGUGUGUGUGUGUGUAUAAAAAAUACCCCUUUCUGUCUCGUUAGCGAUCUUUGCCUAAAGCUCAAGGAAGCAAGUUGAAGGGUCAGAGUAGGACCCGUCUAGGGGGGGGUCUGCCUUGACGCUGGCAGGCAUUCCCUCCAGUGGCCAUUAGAGUAACUAAAUGACCUCCAUUUGUUUAGAUAUACAUAGGGAUUAAGGAAAGAGCGCAGGUAACUUUUUUUUUAUUUUUUUUUCCUUCCUUUGGUUUUUACUACAUUUAUUGGAUUUGAUGUGUGCAGAGGUCAUUGCUGCCGCUCAGGAGUGAUGGGAGUGAGCGCAGGACUUUUCUUUUUGUAUAUGUAUGUCAGUGUGUGUGUGUGUGUGUGUGUGUGUAUGUAUGCAUGCCUGCUUGUUUGUCUCUCUCUCUGUUUAUGUAUGUAUGUCCUUAUGCGUUUGUGUGCAGUGUGCAUAGGAAUUCGUUCAUAUUUUUUUAUAGUCCGGCCCCCAACAGUGUCUGAGGGACCGUGAACUGGCCCCCUGUUUAAAAAGUUUUAGGACCCCUGCUUUAAACCCUUUACUACCGAGCUCCCUUUAAUUAAAAAAAAAAAAAAAAUAGUAAACACUUAUUUGAAGCAAAAGCUAGCAUGAACAUAUUGUAAUUUUUUUGAACAGGAUUGCUUUGCAGACAAACUUAAAAAUUAAAAGUAUGUAAAUUUACAACAUUUUCAUUUUUCACUUCAUUUUGUUGUUCAUCCUUUAUAAAAGUAUUUGGAAAAAAUAUAAUUUUUUACACAACCAUGUCCUUUAUCUUGCAAUAAUGCAAGGGUCCAAAAUGUUAAUAUGAAAGCACAAUAUAUUACAAAAGUGAUAUUUUCUCACAUACAGUAGGUGUGACAGAAAUAAAUAAAUAAAAAUGGUUAAAAAACUUGCCUAGAGGUAUUUGCAAGGACUUUUAAGGUGUUAGGGCAGGUUACUAAAAUGUCAAUAGGAUGUAAAAGGAAUGUCUACAUUUGAGCAUAAUGCCCACAUUCAGUAAAUACAGUUAAAUCAUAUAAUUCUAAAAUAAAGAUAUUUCUUAUUGCUGUAGCUCACCUUUAUUCCAACUAGAAUUGAUUUCAGCCAAUCCAUUACUUUUCCAUAGGAAAAUAUUAGAUUGGCUGAGAUUGGCCAUUCUGAGUGUUACUUCUUCAAAUUUCCUAUUUUUAAAAAAAAUUUUUUAUUGGAUAUGAUAAGGGAAGCAAACUUGCGGUCUCUAAAAUUACUUGCAUUACAUCCAACAAAUUUUUACAAUUCUGGUACACGCUAGGAGUUACUGGAUUUCCCUGCACUGCUGCCUCUGGACCCAAUAAUUGUAGUCCUUACUUAUAUAGGUACUGUUAGCAAGUCAGGCAAAAUAAAAGGGAAAUAACUUUUUACAUUUGCUAGUAAUAUGGAUUGUCGUGUAAUUGUAUAGUUUAGUUAGUAUAUGAAUUAACCGUUUAAUCACCUUGAAGGUAGAGUUGAGCAGGGUCCUCUUCAACCUAUCAUUCCUGUAAAUCUUCUUGUAAUUGUCCUAUUUAUAGUUAAAUCCCCCCUCUCAUAAUAUUGUAAAGCGCUAUGGAAAAUGUUGGCGCUAUAUAAAUGGCGAUAAUAAUAGAGGUCAAAUAAUUUUCUAACUGCAAUGUAAUUAUUUGACUUUUUCGCUUUUAUAACUUGUAUUAGACUAGAAACAAAUUUACUUGUGAUGUUUUAUCUAUAUCAAUUUGUUGGCCUGCAUAGUUCUUCUUGGUGGGCAUCCAGAGAUAGACAGAUCGUCAACUGAUCACCAGCCGCUCGGCUAAAACCUUUUCAUACUACGGUAGUUUGGCCACUACUUCCCCCAUAACUUUAAAUGAGCGUAUGUUGUUCUGAUUUGGGAGUGUUUCUUUAGACAUUGAACCUUUCCUUGGGAAGUCUGGCAUGCUAACACAUAAUAUAUGCAGAGUGUUCCAUCCAACUCUUUAGUACUUGGAAUUUCUCCAGUUUUCAGUUGGACAGUCUGGCUCUUAUAGGCUGUCUACAAGUCAAAGGAACAUUUUCCAUGCCAGAAGACUUGGUUUGCUUUACACAUAUUGAGAGGUAUUUUUGUGCUGCAUUAUGUUUGUGUGUAGCACUUUCUCUCCUUUCUUCCCUAUGUAGAGGUAGAAUAAAAAUCUCUCCUGGGUACAGGCCUAGACUAUUUCUUAUGUAUAGUGAUAAGUACAGACCAGUCAUACUCCUUCUUGCCCAGUGCCCUACCAGACUCUGUACUUUUGUAACUGAAAUAUUUGGCACUAGGCCCACCUUGCAUCCAGAAUUCAUCAAGAAUGGGGCUGGACUCCGGAGCUGGAGCUUUUUCUGUACAGUGCAGUGUCCUCAUACACAACUAGGGGACAGAGACACUGCACCCAGACCACUUCAGUGAGAUUAAGUGGUCUAAGUGCCUACAGUGUCACUUUAACCAAGAAGUUAACUUGCCUACAUUUUGCAAGGACUAAAAAUGAAAAUAUAUGAAAAAUGAAAAUCUAUAAAUUUUAAUGGUUUUAAAGAAUAGAAGCUUCUAAAAUUUCCCCUCACCCACUAGCCAUUGUUGAGUGAAAAUUCAACUCUGGUUAGUAGACAAUUCACUACUAGUGAUUGCGCUAUGUGCCCUCCAAUCUUGCAGUGGUGUGUGAGUUUUAGGCCUGUUAGUGUAAGAGUUGAAGUUCUGAACCCACACAGUCACAAAUGAAAAGUCUUUAGUAAUCCGUAAAUAUUUCUCCAGGAAAGAUAAACACAUUGUUUUGGGAUGAAAAAUCUUGUACAUCUACAGUCCUGACGUGAUCUACAUUGCAGCAACCUGCUCUUUCAUAAUACUUUUGCAAAACACUAUAGGCUGGAUGUCUUUGCUGUAAGACCUGACCCAACCGAUUGUAUAUUAUAGUUUUUGCAAUAUCCCAUGUGUAUUGCCUCUAUACGACAGGAAAAACAUAAUUUGUGGCAGUACAACUUCCUUCCCUACUUAUUACAUUUAUAUUUGGCAUACAGCGUGUUUGCAGUAUUCUUAUGAAAGGAAGUGCAUGGUGACAAAUACUUAAAUAUCUUUUUUUACUUUUUUGAUUUAACCUGUUCCUAGGUUACCUGUCCUGCAUAGAGCAAAUAUUCAUGCGUACUGCUUCAAAGCCAAGAAAAAAAUAUUUAUUUUAAAUAGAGACACUAUAUAUAUAUAUAUAUCUCAGAACCACUACAACUGAAUGUAAUGUUUCUGGGGCAAAUAGUCUGUCCCUGAGAAAAGGAAGUAUUUACACUGCUGGCUAACGCCACCUCUAAGGGCUGUCACUUUUAGCAUCUCCAGAAGUGUGCCAGGGCUUUCCUGACACUAUAACUGCUACAGCAUGUGAGUUAUGGUGUUUUGAGGGGGGGGGGGAAGAGGGGUGCAUUUAGGGUGGAUUUGAUUUAAAUUAUGAUUUACAUUAUGAUUUAAAUCACUAAUAUGUAAGAUUUAAUUUACUUCAUGGUUUGCUAAAUAAAAACUAUAAACUUAAUAUUUAGAACCAGGUGAAGCUUUCAUUUUCAGAAUAAUUAAAUUUUCCUCAUGCCCUGCAUUUGUCUGAUUCAUUGUUUGCUCCAGUGACGUCUAUAGGAAAAAAGGAUCUGUCUAUGGAGGAUGUGGGAUCCUCCUUAGACCUCAGUGUUGUACACUCGCACAUGCACGAGACUGCAACACUGAUGUGGGCUCCUGACAGCUAAAGAGGACCGUCCGAUAUGUUCAGGCAAGUAUAACUCUCUUUCCCCUGCCUACCAUGGCCACCGAACACCUAGCGGAUCAGUCACCAUUGGGGAUCUUUGCAAAUUAUGCUAAGACCCAGAGGGUGACAGAGCUGUUUUAAGAGGUAAAGUCAUUCUGUGGACAUAGAUUAUCAUCAUAGGAAUGGGAUUAAGGUCUUAUUCUGAACUUUUAUUUUCUAACUUUUUUUUUUACUGUGUAAGAGUAGGAGACACAUAUCUGCAUACACCAAUUUACUGUUUUGAGAAAUGCAACUGUGGUAGUUUUUAGAUAGAAAAAAUGCUUGUGAUUUUUGCAUUAAGAAAUGUGCAUAAUGCUGCACCGUAAGCCUGCUUUACAUAGAAACAUAGAAACAUAGAAUGUGACGGCAGAUAAGAACCAUUCGGCCCAUCUAGUCUGCCCAAUUUUCUAAAUACUUUCAUUAGUCCCUAGCCUUAUCUUAUAGUUAGGAUAGCCUUAUGCCUAUCCCACGCAUGCUUAAACUCCUUUACUGUGUUAACCUCUACCACUUCAGCUGGAAGGCUAUUCCAUGCAUCCACUACCCUCUCAGUAAAGUAAUACUUCCUGAUAUUAUUUUUAAACCUUUGUCCCUCUAAUUUAAGACUAUGUCCUCUUGUUGUGGUAGUUACACUGUGGAAACAGGACAUCUUUGUAAAUCUGGACUCAAAUGUCACUAGAUGUAUAGAUGCUAACAAAAAACCUUUGUGGACAAAUGCAGGUGGUAAAUUUGUACAGCUAAAAAUAGGUUCAUUCUAUAAAUUGUUAGUAUAUUAUGAACUUAAAUACUCACUGUAGAAAAUUAAACGGACACUCUAGGCAUCAUAACGUCUUAAUUUAAAUUAAGUCAUUAUCAUGUCUGGAGGUCCUUGACACAGUCUUACCAUAUUGGAAUUAAACAGUUUAUUUUAAUCCCAAAGUACUGUUUACCAAGUGUGCCCUCUCAGCCUCUCUACCUCUUCCUCUAAUGGCCACAGCUUCACUGUUGAAACCUUUCCCUUAAAUUGGUACCUUUUUAAAGAUUUUCUACCAAUGGGAAGCUAGUUUUACAUUAAUGCUCUCAGCCGAUCCCUGGCACCCAAGUCUGAAGCCAAUGCUGGAUGAGGCGGAUAAGUGGCAGAGAGGGCAGAAGCGUGAACAGUACUUUGGAGUUAAACCAUUUGGAAAAAAACGCUUAAUCCCAUAAGGUAAAAUAGCGCUCUGGAUCUUUAGACAGCAUAACAACUUCAUUUAAAUAAAGUUACUAGAGUGCCUGUAGUGGUCAUUUAAAAUGUUUUGGGUUUUGUUUUAAGUUUUUCUAUAAUCUGUAUAGAUUGAUAUACGAUUAUGGAAUUGCUUCAUUUUUUUUUUCUGUGUUGUUUUCUAAUUCCAUGUUAUUGGUGUUUAUGGUAAUAUUGCAUUGUUAUUACAGAAUGAAUAAAGACUGCGUGGGUAGACCUUACAUUUAAUAUGCACUUUCUGUCCCCAGCUGUAGGAGCAGCAAUAGGAAGAGUCUGGUUAUUGGGUCUCCUUCACCAACUAUGUCAAGACCUCUCUCCCCACUGUCUGUCCCUACUGGUAAGAUUACAAAUGCAAUCACAUUUAAAGCUAACCCAUUCUGUCUUCUGGGUAUAAUGAAUGUAUGUACGUUAAACUGCAUCUCGGAAUAUGUCACUAAUAAUUAAAAUAGUAAAUGCAAGCAUUUACACAAAUGUGCAAAGGUUUUAGGCAGGAAUGAAAAAAUGCUGUAAAGAAUGCUUAGAAAAACAGAAAUGUAAUUUUUUUUAAUUUUUUUAAAUCAAUUAUCAGAAUGGAAAGUAAGUGAAUAGACGAAAAAUCUGAAUAUAUUACAAUAUUUGGGGUGAUCACCCUUUGCUUUCAAAACCGCAUCAAUUUUACCAGUUGUACUUGUAUACAUACAUACAUACACACUGACAUACAUACACACAGGCAUACAAAAAGAAAAGUCUUGUGCUCACUCCCAUCACUCCUGGGCGGCAGCAAUGACUACAGUACACAUCAGCUAAUACAUAUAGUAAAAAACCAAAGGAAAAAAGUUACCUGCGCUCUCUUCUUAAUCCCUAUGUAUAUUUAAACAAAUGGAGGUCAUUUAGUUACUCCAGUGGCCACUGGAGGGAAUGCCCGCCUGCCAACGUCAAGGCAGACCCCCCUAGACGGGUCCUACUUUGACCCUUUACCUUGCCUCCUUGAGCUUCUGGCAAAAAUAUCUCUGAGACAGAAAGGGGUAUUUUUUAUAUACACCCCUAUGUACUUGUUAACCCUUAAUAAAGAACACAUGGGAUGCUCUGCAGGUAGGCAGUUCUAAACUAACAAGUUUAUCUGUGGGUUUUGGUAGCCUCAUUUGCUUCUGUUUCUCUAUGUAAUCCCAGACAAACUCAAUGAUGUUCAGAUCAGGGCUCUGUGGGGGCCAUUGCAUCACUUCCAGGAUUCAAUGUUUUUUUACACUGAGGACCAUUUUUAAUGACUUUGGCUGUAUAUUUUGCCCCAAAUGUUUUUUGCAGCUUGGCCACACGUAUAAGAUGCCUCCCUGAUGAUAUUGCAUGAUGGGCAAGUAUCUGCCUGUACUUCUCUGCAUUGAGGAGACCAUUAAUUGUGACAAAAUCCCCAAAUCCAUUUGCCCAAAUUUGUAAGGAUACUCCAUUAUGCUUCUGUGUUGCCUCCAGACACUCUUACUUGUACUGCUCUUCAGCGAACAAGCUGCCAUCUGCUACAGCCAAAUAGUUUGACUUUUUAGUCCAGAGCACCUGCUGCCAUUUUGCAUAGUUAAUUUGCUUGACCUCGUUUCCACAUCUGAGGUGUUUUGGGUCCUAAGUCUCCUAUAAAGACCACAUCUACUGUCCAGAGACAUCUGGUAAGAAAUGAAGGACCGCCUGGCACCCCGACUGGGUACGUCCGUCAAGCUCACUUCUUAGCUCUCCUCUGGGACACAGGAGUGCUUCAGCCACUAGCCACUGCAGCUUUGCUGGGGUCUCUCCAUUGCUUCCCGUCCUGGGGCAGGGUUCUGGGUACAGCUUCAAGUGAUGAAGCUCUCCUGCAGAGAGUAUAGCUGAUCCACCCAAACACUAGCCCAGACUGAGUAAUGGGUGAAAAGGAACUGCUUUAUUAUGGCCAAGUUGCCUGCUUUUAUACACAGCCCCCAGAAAAACCUUCAAGUUUCCUGAAUAUUUUGGAGUAACAGAAUUUCAGGAUUCAUUCCAGCAACUUUAUCUGCUGAUAAGCCAUCACAGCCAGAGCCUGCUAUACGUUGCUCUGGGAAGAGUGAGUAACCCAUUACCUCUGUGUACUUAAAUAUCUGUGUGUGUGUGUAUGUGUGUGUAUAUGUAUAUAUGUGUAAAUAAAUAUAUAUAUAUAUAUAUAUAUAUAUAUACACACACACACAGUAUUACACUAUGUACAGUUUUAUAUUUUACAGAUAAUCAGAGACAAAUUGUAAGGUCCUCCUUGAUAUAAGUAUAUCACAUUGUGUGGUGGUGUUUUUAAUUGCGCACCCUGUACUUGUUUUUGUAUUUCUCACACAUGCCUAAAACUUUUGUACAGGGCUGCGUGCGUGUAUGUCUAAUAUUUAAUAAAUAAAUAUAUAUAUAUAUAUGUAUAUGUGUGUAUAUUAGAUACAUAUAUAUUGAACACGCAUUUAAUAUAUACUUUUAGAAUUAUUCAUUUGUGUCUGUAUUUCAGCAGUUCAUGAGGAUUGAAGAAAUUAAUUAAAUUGUAAAUAAAUAACAAAAAUUAUUUCUUAAAAAUUACAAAAACAAAAUGUCACUCAUGUUCCCGAAUACCUUUCUUGAAUGUACUCCUCUCACAUGGUCCGUAACUGCCUUUUUCGUGAUUGGGACAGAUGGGUAUCUUGAGGACCUUUUAAAACUUUGAUUUGGAUAAGCAUGUGAUACUAUUUAUAUGGAGACAUGGCUAGGAGCAGCCUUGGUUGGCGCACAGUAAUGGCUACACACCGAUAUUAUUUAAUUGCCCAUGGAGGCAUUUUCUAAAGCUAGAAUGCAUACUCUGUUCUGUGUUUCGCCUUACAGGACUUGUUCCUGUAAUGCAUCCUGUUGCUUAUGCAUUUCAUGGGGUUCCCAGUGCACAUGUGCAUUGAGAAUGUAGGUGACUGGUGCUAAGAUUCAAAACUUGAAAAACUACCAGACCCUGUUUGACAGCAGGGUGCAUUUGGAAGGGGAAUAUGGAUUUUCAAUAAUUGUCAGUACCGUAUCUAGUGGUACCAACACGGAUAGAAGUCUUUUCUAUAACAUGAAAGGUUUCUUAUUUUCAUUUUAUCAGUUUAGUAUUCAAUUAUUUUAUAUAUUGCUCAAAAAGAUCCAUCAGAGGAAUAGCUUUAUAAUAAAAAAAUCUUUAUUUAAUUAAUCUAAAAGCCGUAUUUUGCACAGAAUUGACAUUAUCCUGCCUAGAAUUGUAUUCUGGGAUGGCUAAUGAGGCUGCUGGAGGUGAAGUUACACCCCGGAUAGUGAAGAGGUUAAUCUGUAUGUGCAGUGUUUCAAUGCAAAACGCUGCACAUACAAACUCCAGCUACUAUGACCACUUUAAAUCUUUCCUCCUCUACGGAGGAAUAUGAGACACCUACCUCAGAAGAGAAUAGCACCCAGUAGGGCAUGGCUGUCAAACAUAUGACCCUUGGCAAAGCAGCCUGUUCCCGUGAGAAAUUGUUAUGCUGGGGGGAGUAAUUAAACUUAAAUUCUUCCUGGGUAGGACCACAUGGGCAUUUGGGACCAGGGAGAGGCAAGGUGCUGCUGUAUCUGGAGGUCUGAAAAGAGGGAGCGGUGGAAUGAAAGGGAACAGAGACAUCUGCUUCCUCUUAUUGCCCAGCAUACUACACCAGGAACAGCCACCACAAAAAGUGUGUGUAUAUGCGUAAUAGUGUGUGUUUAUGUGUAACUCCUGGAAGGAAGUGAGCUAAAAACUAUAGCUAAAAUAAUAUUAAUUGUUACUACUGUGUGAGGUCAUUCCAUGUCAAAUUGUCACACAGUUUCAGACUGACCUGAUUUUUCAUGAAGUGCUAAUUUGUCCUAUGGCAGGCUUCCCCAAACUCCGGCCCUCCAGAUGUUGCUGAACUAGAAUUCCCAUGAUUCUAAGCCUAUCUAUUUCAUUCAUAGAAUCAUGGGAGUUGUAGUUCAGCAACAUCUGGAGGGCAGGAGUUUGGGGAAGCCUGUCCUAUGGUGUAAUGCAAAAAUAAAAAAUUUCAAAAUGGGCCUUAAAUUGUUUUAAUUAUUUUAACAAAUAACUCCCAUAAAAGGAACGGAUUAAGACCCGUGACAGUGUGUUCCCUUUUCCAUGAAACACUAGUGAUAGUUAAAGUUUGUGACAAUUGUAGGAAAUAAAUGAGUAAGAUUGAAAAAGAAAUGACAGGCUUUCCAAGUACUAGCUAGGAUGUAGAUUAUGAUUGCAGAAGUUCAGAUUGCAGACCUAGUAGAGUCUCUCAUGAACAUGAAAAAGCACCAUAUAUAUAUAUAUAUAUUGUACAAAAAAAAGUAAAAUAAUUAAAACCGCUGUAAAACGCAAACUUCUUGACAAUGCAGAUUCUUCCGAAAGUUAUGUGGAGUCCCAAUAUAAAACUAUUUUAAGUUCCUUGGAAAAAAAUUCCAAGCUUUGAACAACAGAAAAUAAAAGCUUAUGAUGCUAACUAUUUUGCUUGAAUCUUGGGGUAUCAGGAAGAGUAUGAGGGAAUUUCAUGCACCAAUGUACAUGGUAAGAUGGUCAAAGCUAGAAUUAAUUUUUAACAAUUUAUUUCUACUCAAAAUCUGAAACCUGGGAAUACUGUACUUGCAGAAACUGCUGUGUGGCAAAAAACAUAUUUUAUUCAAGUGAAGAGGUCCGUAUUCCUGGGCUUGGGAUAAAAUAUUGUGUUUCCACGAAAGUCAGUACUCAGCAAAAAUUAAUGUCUCCAAAUGUCUUAUCAGUUGAAUUCUACUUGGGUAAUUGUGCGACCUGCCCUGAAUGUCAAGUAAUCCAAAAUUUGUUAGAAAAUGCCUUUAAAGAAAAGGCAAUCGAGCGUGUAACUUUUUGCCGGUGGAUAUCUGUUGACAGAUGCAUUUUAGAGACAUUACAAAAAAAAAGUCUCUGAAUUUGUCAACCUGUAUUGUGCAAAAAUUUCAGUUUUUACUUCACCGUGACUUCAUAGCUAAACAAUAAAGUUCCUAUUUGAAUCAUGUCAUGUCUGAUUCAGAAAUUGUGUAUAGUUUUUCAGAAAACUCGUAUUUUGUUGUGCAAGAUGAAGCACAGUGCUAUCAUAGGACCAGCAACCAAGCCACACUACAUCUGUUUGUAUAUUUUAAAACAGGUGAAAAAACUGAGCAUUCCUAGAACAUAAUACUGUUAACUGUUUAUUUCAUCGGGAACUCUCAGAUUCUUUUGGGCAGUUUCUGAAAUCUCCUCUGCAAAAAUUUGUAUUUUUCCCAUGGGUCUGCUCCUAAUAUAAAAACAAGAAGAACUUUUGAAAUUUAUAUGGCCGUAAAAAUAAUUAGAAUUUUGCAGCCGAGUGGCAUUUUUCCAUUAUAGCUCAUGGGGAAAAGGGGAAUAUGAUGGUGUUGGUGAGACGGUGAAAAGGUUGGCCGCCCGAGCAAGUUUCCCAAGGCUAUAUGAGGACCAAAUAAUGACACCAAGGGAAUCUUUUGAGCUAGGAAAAAAAAGUUUCAAAUAUUGACUUCACAUUUGUUACACAGGCAGAGUACAUUGAGCCAUACCAGUUUUUGACAGAUCGCUUAAACAAAGCACAAAAACUGUACCAGGAAGUCAAAAACUGCAUGGUUUCAUAACAUCUAGUGAAACAAAAAUCUUGGUAAAAACUUUUUCUUUUGCUGAAACAUCAGUUGAACAUACUGUAAUAAGAUGUGCAGGAAGCCUAGUUUUUAGUAAAAUAAGUGGUUAUGUCAUCGCACUGUACUGUAAGUGGCAAUUGGUGGCUAGGCUCUGUUUAGAAAAACAGGAAGAGAAGGAUGAAGUGAAGGUAACAUUUUCACCCAGGUCCAUCUCCUUCCAUCAAGAUAUGUCCUGUGUAAAGAGAACUCUGGCCAUACAUAUACCCUCUGUACUCAAGAAAUCAAACAAGCUUUUCAAACCUUUUACCAGUUCACUAGGUCAAGAAGAAGCCUAACAAUAUUACCAUUUGUGUGUUAAAAAAAAAUAUUGAACUAAAGCAUUCAUGUGAGUUAGAUAUUUUUUUUUUCUUCUUCAGAUUUCUCUUGACCAUACGUGUUUCACCUCUCAUACAUUUGUGAUUCCCUUGUAAAACCCCUCCAAAAAGAAAAUUGUGAACAGUUACAGACCAGUACAAACUAAUUUUCAGAUUGUUUUCCCAAAUUUUAAAAAUGUCAGUUUUUUAGAAAGCUUAUCUUAAAAUAUUGCUUAACCCCUUAGUCACCAGACCGUUUUUUUCAAUUUUCUUCCCGUUAAGGACCAGGGCUGUUUUUUAUAUUUCUGCGGUGUUUGUGUUUAGCUGUAAUUUUCCUCUUACUCAUUUACUGUACCCACACAUAUUAUAUACUGUGUUUCUUGCCACUAAAUGGUCUUUCUAAAGAUACCAUUAUUUUCAUCAUAUCAUAUAAUUUACUAUAAAAAAAUUAUAAAUUGUGAUGAAAAAUAAAUAAAAACGCCUUUUCUAACUUUGACCCCCAAACUGUUGCGCAUCUGCAACCGCCAAAAAACACGCAUGCUAAAUAGUUUCUAAAUUGUUGUCCUGAGUUUAGAAAUACUCCAACUCUUAGUUGUUUUUUUUUUUUCAAGUUAUAUGGCAAUAAGUGCAAGUAGCACUUUGCUAUUUCCAAACUUUUUUUUUUUUUUUCAAAAUUAACAAAAGUUACAUUGUAACACUGAUAUCUAUCAGGAAUCCCUGAAUAACCCUUCACAUGUAAAUAUUUUUUGAAAGAAGACAACCUAAGGUAUUAAACUUGGGGUAUUUGGACUGCUUUCAUGCAACAAUCUUACCACCAAUCUAUGCCAAAAAAAUUGUGUUUUUUGGGGGGUUGUUUUUUGACACACAUAGCAAUUUAAGAAUACAUGUACUGAUAACUUUAAGGGGUACUGCCAAAGAAAACCCCAAUAUGUGUUCAGCAACAUCUCCUGAGUACAGUGAUACCACCCAUGCAUAGGUGUGUCGGGUUCUCUGGAGGCUCAAAUACCUUAUUUGGAGGGUGUGCAUUCCAGUUUUCCAACUUGGAAUUUUCACAGCUGGUAAUCAUGCACCCAUGUCCUAUUUGGGACAUUUUUUUAAGCAGGCCAAUGUAAUUUACCCCCAUCAACCCAUAUAAUUUUGAAAAGAAGACACCCUAGGUUAUUUCAAAUGGUGAUAUUUUUUAUUUAUUUAUUUUUUUAUAAAUCUUUAUUUUUGAAAAAUAGUUUUACAUAAGUACAUAAUUCAAACAUACUUUAAGACCCAUAUCUGAAAGUACACAAUUAUCUUAAAGAUAUUGGUUGGAUCAUAUUAAAACAAUACUCGUAAUAUUACAUACGAAAACAUGUAUCACAAAAUAAACCCCAAAAAUCAUAUUGAUUCAACAUAUGGCGCGAGUCGGUCGGUCUGGACGAUUUUUUUUUUGGGUCUAUUUGACACCAAUGCGUCUCUUGGACGAAGACAAUUUGUAUUUUUUUCUUUCUGUAAAUAGUCAUUAACAGCCCAUCUUUUUUGCGGAAUAUUAAGACCCUGGAUAUUUAUAGACGCUAAUUUAAUCAUAGCAAUAUCUCUUCCCAAAUAAGUCUGAAAACCUCCCCAGACCGACUUGUUUACUCGCCAUAAUGCCGAAGAACACACACAGACUAAAAAAAAAAAACCUUUUUACCAAAGAAUACAUACACAUGCAAUAACCACUGCUAUCAUACUGGAAGUUUUGUCUAAAGGCUUCCACUCUACUUCCCUCUUGUGUGUAAUAUUAUACGCAAACUAAGUUCUACUGAUAACUUAAAGCGUCACGGUCAUGCCGAACUUAGCUUUCUUUAAUCAAUUCCUCUACUCUUCCUCUCUCAGGAUCUGUUCAUUUCUUCCUGUCUGCACUAGGGCGUAGGUAGAGGUUUGGUAGAGGCUUAUUCAUUUUUGUUUUGGGUUGGAGGGUGGGUAACUAGGGGCUUGGGGACCCAUAGUCACCUUGUGGGGGGUAACAUCAUUUUAGCGCUCAGGGGUGGGGGAGGUGGGGACAAUUUGACGUUCCCCACAUUGUUAUUUAGGGCCGCCAGCCGACGCUCAGGGGUGGGGGCUGGGGUGAAGGACAAUUGGUCCCCUCCCCCUGCUGCUCAGGGUUGGGGGCCGGGGGGAGGAAAAUAGGUCCCCCCCUCACUCUCAUUUAGGGCUCACCACUCAGAGGUGGGUGCCAGGGGGGAGGGCAAUAGGUCAUCGGGCACCCACCCGCUGAUCAGUGGUGGGGGCCAAGGGGGAGGAUAAUAGAUCCCUCUCACCUAAUUGUUAUUUAGGACCCCCACCUGCCGCUCAGGUCCACCUUCAGUUUAAUAGCCCCCACUUGCGCGGCACAGGUGGGUGCUCGGGAGGGGGGGAUACUAGGGUGUUUUUUUUUUAACAGUAAGAAGCCACUGGCUGCUCAUUGUUUAGUAUUCAUGCCCCUAAUCGCGACAUAGCGAGUAGGGGCAUAAUUUACCAAUCUUAGGUAAUCUUUACUUAGUAUUAGUAUAUUUGGCUGAAAUACCAAUUUAGGUCUUUCAGGAAGUUUAAUUCAUUUGAAUGAAAUUUCGAUAUGAAAAAGUCCCGAAUUGCGUCCUAACACGAAUGGAAAAACUGUUCUCAUUCUGUUAGGACGCAAUUCGGUAGUUUCACCGGCGUUCUGUCUAAAUGACAGGACGUUCGGGAAAAGUGAAAGGAGACUUCGCGGGAACAUGGAGGAAAGGUGAGAAUUGUGGGAAAACUUUUAUCACUGGAAAUGAUGCACACUUUGCUCCUCCGCUGGUCAGAGAUGGUCAGGCGUAGGAAACCUCCAUAAGACAAAUAGUCCCUACUUUGUCUUAUGUUCUAAAGAAAACUAGAGCAGACCGGAAGAAAUGAAGAACAGAUCCCGAGAGAGGAAGAGAAGAGGAAUCCAUUAAAGAAAGAUAAGUUCGGCAUGACAGUGUCCCGUUAGCCCCUCUCUAAAAGUAUAAAACUGCACUGGUUCCACCACUUUUGUGACAUCAUCGAAAUGGCCGAUUUUUAGCCAAUCCAAGCCUUUCUCAUAGCUAAUAUCGGCAUGGGACGGGGCCAAAUGCCUUUUUGGGCAAUCAGGGACUCCUCAUAGAGACGCAUUGAAUCAAUGCUUCUCUAUGAAGAAAAUUCACCGUCUCCUCCUUACUGUGCAGCCCUGAGCCAGGAAGCCCCUACAGUGGCCAUCUAAGGAGUGGUCACUUGGAGGUGUCCCUAGGGGCAAUGUAAACACUGCCUUUUCUCUGAAAAGGCAGUGUCUUCCUGAAAAUGCAUGAAGGGAGCUAAUAUACUCACCAGAACAACUACAUUAAGCUCUAAUUGUUCUGGUGACUAUAGUGUCCCUUUAAGUAUCAUCCCUCCCCCCCAUAGUGAAAAUUAUCUUGAUUUAUAGGAAUAUUGACCAAAGGCCCGUUGCAUUACACACUUAAAUACAUAUUGUGAAUCACUAUAAACAAUUUAGUGCAAAUUGCCUCUUUUUUUUUUUUUCUCAUCUUUUUAUUGGUGCAAACAAUUGUUCAGACAUUGUGCAACGCAGUGCAUUAUUGACGUGCUAUACCCAUCACAGUCGCAGCUGUGGAGACCAUUACCCAGAGAUUUAGUCCAGCAUAUUCCUUAUGCAAGUUUGGAAUCACUGUAGUUGCUUUCCAAGAGUUUGUGCUCUUUUGGCCUUCUCACAUUGAGAACAAUUGUGUAGUGUGGUGUGACUCGUGUCCUACUUGUGUUAACUCGGUGUGGGUAGGAACCGCUGCUUUGUGGUGCACAUCUGAUAAGCUAUCCGCGUUGCUUUUAGUUUUGUAACAUUUAACUAGGGGUUGGGGGGUACAGAAGGAAAAAAAAGGGAGGGGUUUGGGGGUGCUCUAGACAACACGUUAUACAUUUGUUGAUUUGACCCUAUGUAUGACACUGGUAUAUUUGCCACCGCUCCUGCCUAAACCCUUUUCCCUAUAGCAGUUUAGGCGUCGCAAUGCUAUGGCCCCUGUUCUACCUUCUAACUCACAGCUGGCCAACUACUCCAUUCCCUUUCAUAUCUCUCACUACAACCGUUUACUCUGCUUGCCAUUUUUUCAUAUGCACUAAUCGUGUCCAUUUUAUUUUUUAUAAUAUCUGCGGCUGGAAUUUUGCUGCUCUUCCAACUACCCGCCAGUAUAAUUUUUGCUACUGUGAGGAUGUUAAAGAUCACCUUUCUAUGUGGGUGGGUGGCAAUACCGGGUGCAGUGUGGAAAAUAUAAUGUUCUGGCUUCAUGGGGAGGAUGAAACCUGUCCUACGUAGUAGGAGAGAGUGGACUUUUUCCCAAUAGUUUAUUAGUAGUGGGCAUGUCCAGAAAAUAUGAAGUAUAGUUCCCUCAAUUGUGUUGCACCUCCAGCAUUUCCCGGACGUGCCCGGGUACGUGCAUGCCAAUCUGUGUGGUACUAGGUACCACCUCAUUAGUACCUUGCAAAAUGCUUCCCAGAGCGUGAGGGUUUGCGAUGCCCGUUUCGUGGUUGCCAGGGCCGUCAGCCACUCUGUCGUGGGGAUCUGGAGUCCCAGGUCCACCUCCCACCGAGUCAUGUAUGUCGGCUUAUCAGGAGCUGACGAAGUGACCAGCGCGUUAUAGCAUGCUGACAGUGGUUUUAUAUGUCUUUGGGAGAGUGCCUGUUUAAGCGUCAGGUGGGGUUUUGAGGGGUGGUUAGUACAGUUUUGGAUAUGCGAGUGCACAAUGUUUUUUAUUCUGAGAUAUAGGAAUAUAUCCCUCGCUGGCAGCUGUAGGUCCCUUUGCAGGACGGGGAAUUGCUUCAUUUUGUCCCCCUCUAAGAUGUCCUGGACCUGGCAUGCACCCCCCUCCCUCAUUCGACUCACCAGCAGGUCAGGGGAGAAUGUUUCUAGUGUUGCCAAGGGUGCUGCUUGGAAGAGCAAUUUGGGGUCCACUAUGUGUGGGCUCCAGUUAUUUCAGGCCCUCAGUAAAAACCUUGAGCUCUGCAGUUGUUUCCCUACUGCGGCUUAGGAGUGCCCCCCUGCCCAUAGGUGCUGUUAUAUCGUGAGUGUUUAGGCAGGCACUUUCCAUUGCUAGCCAGAUAGGUCUUUGGAGGGUGCUUGUGGGGCGUAGGAGCCUAAUUCCCUGCGCCAGGACGGUUGCCUUAUAAUAAGCCUUGACAUCUGGCAUACCCAAUCCCCCACCAGUACAUGGGAGCCUCAGAGUACCCCUUGCCACUCUCGGGGGUUUCCGCUUCCACACAUGUGCGUUUAUUGUGCUUUGGAAAAGUUUUAGUAGUUUGGUAGGGAGAGCGAUGGCCAGGGUUCUAAACCGGUACAGUAUAUGCGGCAGUGCCAUCAUUUUAAUAAGGUUAAUGCGGCCUAACCAGGACACCUCAAGUCCUUCCCAUUUCUCGAGUGUGGCUCUGAGUUUUUGUAUGACCGGGUAAUGAUUUUCCCGUAUGAUGGAUUGGGUGGAUUUUGUGAGCUUAAUCCCCAAGUAUUGUAAGGAGUUUUUGCGCCAGUCAAAGGUAUGUUGUGCUUGUAAAAUUGUUACUGUAGCGCUCGGCAGGUUUAUAGGUAAUGCUUGUGUCUUCGUUGUGUUGUUUCUAUAGUAAGAUACCUGUCUGUAUGUGUUGAGUCUGUUCAGAAGUUGUGGUAGUGAGAAUUCUGGAUGCGUUAUAAAAACUAAAACGUCAUCCGCAAAGAGUGCCAGUUUCUUAACGCCCCCUGGAGUAUGGAGUCCCUGUAUCACCGUGUCGUGUUUUAUGAGCCGAAUCAGAGGUUCCAGGCUCAGUAUGAAAAUAAGGGGCGAAAGGGGGCAUCCCUGCCGUGUACCGUUUAUCACUAUUUGGUCGGAUAUGAAGCCUGUGCUAAAUACUCUGGCCAUUGGCUUCCGGUAUAGGGCGAGAAUGCUUGACAGUACUUUUGGGGAAUAUCCCAUUCUGGUUAGUGUCUGUGUCAUGUAAUCCCAGUGUAGGCGAUCAAAAGCCUUUUCAGCGUCUAGCGCCAAUAUCAGGCCGGUCUGGGACGAUAAAUUCGCCCAGUCUAUCAGGUUCAAAAAGUGUCUAGUAUUGUCCCCCACCUGUCUCCCUGGUACGAACCCUGCCUGUUCUUCGGAGAUGAGAUCAGGGAGUAUUUUUUUGAGUCUCGUUGCUAUCAGUUUGGUGUCUGCGUUAAGUAGGGAAAUCGGGCAUAGAUUGGCGCAGUGGGUGGGAGGUUUGUUUGGUUUGGGUAGUUUCACAAUGAAAGCUUCCAGCAUUUCUUUGGGCAUUACCCCUGAUUCGUUUAUGUUAAAAAAUUUGGUGAGAGGAGUGUUCAAGUGUGGUGUUCUCCUUUUCGAAUUGUAGGGAAUACAUAGACCUCCGUUCACCGCUUUAUUCGCCCAGGCAGUAUAUCAGCCGUGCAAACGCCGUUGCUCCAAACCAUGCUGCUGGGUUUGCAGUUUCACCUCGCCGGACUUCCUUUACUUCAUCCCUGGAAUGCAUGCGGGAGCGUACCUACGUCAUCCCAGCGCAACCUGCCCAAAUGAUGGUAUUUUAACACUUUCCAUGUACUAAUUCUACUACCAGUCUUUGUCAAACUUUUGGCUAGUCAUUUUUGUGUGAUAUUUUUCUCUCACAUUGUACUUUAGGCAUGGAUUAUGAGUUCAUGUUAGGUGUUACUGACAAAGAACACCCCGAUAUGUGUUCAGCAACAUCUCCUGAGUACAGUGAUACCACAUAUGCAUAGUUUUGUUGGGUUGUUUGGGGGAUGCAAUGCCAAACUUCUGACGUGUUUUUCAAAUUUGCCUAUAUUCUUUUUGGGAGCCUUUUUAGAUAUCUCAAUUUAUUUUCUUGCCAUGAACGUGCAUAUAUUUAUUUAAGAAGUUGACACCCCAAGGUAUAUGGAGUGUUUUGAUGCCUUUGCUGCAACCGUUGUAGACAACGGUUCUUUCUGAUUGUACCGCAUGCUACUGUAUCAAAACAAGUAGCAUGCAGUAGCUUGAACAAAGGGACACAUGUCUAAAAAUUGUCCAUAUACAAGUGGUACUCUUUGUUCAUCAGGGGGAAUAUCAGGUCCCAGACGAUCUUGCCGCUGGUUCCCAUAUGUUCUGGACAACCUCGAGGGUCAAGGUGGCUAUCCUUUCCCUUGUACAUCCGGAAGGCUUGAGUAUACCCAGUCUUGCUCUCACAGAGCUUAUACACCUUUACGCCAUAACUGGAGCGCUUGGAAGGAAUAUAUGGCUUGAACCCCAGCCUUCCCUUAUACUUUAUCAGGGAUUUAUAAGCCUCUGCAAACCUGGCAGUGAAGGCGGACGAUUUUAUACAGUCUGUCAAACUGGGGAUGCUCCAUAGGGGAGCACACAUUGCUGAAGUGCAUGAAAUGUAGAAUCAUUUCAUACCUCUUCCUUGACAUUCACUGGGAGUUAAUGGGGGUAGAGCAGAUGGGACUACUGCUCCAGUAGGAGCGGAUGGAGAGCUUCUUUAUGAUGCCCAUCAGCAUAGUCAAUGCCCAUAAUUUUUUUUAUUUUUUUUUAUUUUUUAUUCUUGCACAUUGAUGGUGGCCCAUUGCUGCUUUGCAAAAAAAAAAGUCAGGCUUUGAAGCACAGAACUGAUGGGCAUAUUAAUUAGUUUGGGCAACAAUGUUCCCCAAUAAAUCAUCGCCAAGAAACCCCUACAUAAACUGUUGUGGGCUAAAUCCUGCGACAUCCACAUUGAUGGCAGGAAUUGCAGUGAAGGGUGGGAUAUCUGGCCUCUGGCGAUGAGGCGCUACCCACUCCUCAGCAGUACUGCCAACUGGAGCAGCACCUCUCCUUCUGGCAGGGGAUAUAGAAGCCACAGAUACAUCACUAGCAGCAGACACUGUAUCUAGUUAGGUAUCUGAGCACCUGGCAGGGUCAAAUCAGGGUCUGAGUUAUACAUAGACACGUCAGACUAACCUCUGUGACAUGAUCACAAUCACUUUAGUGAUCUACCCCUAAAAAAAUGCACAGACAGAAAAAUGUGUGCUGCUGUGCAAGAGCCGGUGAUUUAUAGUGAUCAAUGGCAAGAUGGGGGUUAAUGGCUUUAAAAUUUUUACAAAUCCCUACCUACAACUACCUAAAUCUCUCUACCUAACCACAGAUAUCUCUCUCACUAAAACACAAGUGAAGAUAGGGAGGGAGAUCCACACUGAUCAGAGUCAAUAUUUACUAAUAUUGACCUGAUCAGACAAAUCUGGAUUGUAGCGAACCACGGGUUACCCGACCAGUUGCCUCUGCUAUUUUCCUUCCUUCAGCCCUUCCUGAACCCUUACAACAAGCAGGCAUCCAUUUUCCCCCCCAGUAACUAGACGAAACACAGUCCUGGAGGUUACAACACUGACUGACUUUGUUUAUUUUGUUACACAUGGUUUUACAGACACAGACCUCUACAUGGGGUCUCCAACACAAAAACAGGGGUUUCAAUCACAAGAAGCUGCAGGGUGAGGGAGGAAGGACAAUACAUCUAGGUUAAACUGGGCUGGCAGUGUCUGUGGUAAUGUCCUGCUGUGACAGGAAAAGGGAGGGGGAAAGGGGGAGAGACACUGACAGCAAUACAUUUCACUUCUGUACUUUACAGAGCUGCUGCAUAUACAGGCAUGAUACACGAAAGGCAUAGAAAUACAUGGGGAAAUACAGAGGGACCACACGAUACAAGGGGAAAACACACAAAUAUGCAGUGGUACAUGGUCCGUCACACAUCUCCCCCUUGUCCACCCCCGGCAGCUGCAGCAUGACUCACACGGGUCAGCUCGCUGCUGCCAGGAGGGGGGACACAGUCUUUUAGUGCCAUGCCCUCAACAGUACUUGUCCCCGACCAGCCUCUACAGUCCUGGGGUCGGGCCGGCGUUGCACCCUGCAUCCUUCUGGGUGUUGUUGACUUAGACAAAAGUCUUUAGUCCGGGAGGCCAUCCAUGCCAGGCUCCGGUCCACAGGGGUCUCUGAGCCCAUAACAACCGCCAUCCAAACAAGUGUGCCGCCCCCCCUCCACCCCGGCCCUUCCAUCACCUGGGACUGCUUGAUUUCCCCAGCUGGCCGAGGAUGAUGGGAGUUGUCUGUCGCGGCUCUGCUUCCUGUAUCUCCCUGGAGACUUGGCUGGCUUCUGGGGAGGAGAGCCGACUGUGCUCUCCCAUUGAUGCUGCUUGGGAUAUUGGGGAGGGGGCGUGCAAUCCUCCAUUUCCCCCUGGAUCUCACUCUGCUGCUGGGGAGUAAGACCUACAGUCUCCACUCCCACAAACUUACUCUGCCGCUGGGGUACAAGAUCGGUUGUCUCCACUCCCUGCACCUCACCCUGCCGCUGGGGAAGAAAGACUGAACACUUCUUUCCCUGGACCUCCUGUGUGAAGUCUUUUAAGUCUCCAGUCUCUGGAACCUGCUUCUGGGAAACAAGACAGAGUGUGUCUAUUCCCUGAACCCCACACUGCCGCUGGGGAGGAGGGACGGAACUCUUCUCUCCCUGUGCCUGCCAUUCUGCUUGGUGCUGCAGGUACUCGGCCGCUAGUUUCCUCGUGCUGUAUGUAUUUCUUGGCGGGGUUAAGCCCAAAGUAAGCCAGCCUCAUCUUCAGCCUCUGGUCCAACUCCGUUUCAGUGUAGCUGGGCGCCAUGCUUAUUCAAUUAACGGGUCGAUGGUUCAUUUAAGCUGGGAAGUAUGAUCCCACUGCUUCUACCAAUUGUAGCGGACCACGGGUAACCCGACUGGUUACCUCCGCUAUUUCCCUUCCUUCAGCCGUUCAGGAACCCUUACAAAAAGCAGACAUCUAUCUUCCACCCCUCCCCCCGUAACUGGACGAAACAGUCCUGGAGGUUACAACACUGACGGACUUUGUUUAUUUUGUUACACCUGAUUUUACAGACACAGACCCCUACAUGGGGUCUCCAACACAAAGGGUUUCAACCCAAAGUAACUGAAGGGGGAGGGAGGAAGGACAAUGCAUCUAGGUUAAAUUGGGCUGGCAGUGUCUCUGUGGCAACGUCCUGCUGUGAGAGGAAAAGGGGGAGAGACACAGACAGCAAUACGGGAUCAUUGUAAUAAUAAAUAUUAUAGGGCAAGCUCUGACUGGAUGACCCUAGUCUGCCUCUAUGAUGAGGCUGGCUAGGGACACCCCCAGAAGCUCCAUGAUACACUGCCUUUAGAAAGGCAGCGCCAUAUUGGAAGCCACAUGGCUGGGUGAGGGAGACUAAUACAUUUAUUUUAUUUGUUUUUUUUUAUUGAUUUUAUUUGUUUUCAAUGAGUGCCCUGACCCCUCGAGGCACACAGGCAGAGCAUAGAAAGCCUGCCUAAUAGCUUCCGAUGCUCUGCAGUAAGAACACUAUAAAGUUUUAUUAAAUUUUGAAAAUUUAAACUAAAAUAUUUUUUUUCAAUGUGAGUUUAAAAACAUUUUUUCCAUAACAUCUAAGAACGUGAGGUAGAAAAUUAUUAAGUGUGAUGAUUUGAUACAGAAGGACUUGUGUGUAGCUGUGUGUCUGUAUGUGUACCUGUAUAGAAAAGGUGUGUAGACUUAAAGGAACACUAUAGGGUCAGUAACACAAACAUGUAUUCCACACCCUACAGUGUUAAAACCACUAUUUAGGUCGAUUGCCCCCUCCUUUAAUCCCCUUAAAAAAGGUUACCUUAUUUCGGGCACUGUGCUGAUCCGCCGGCGCUAAUCCCGCCAUCCCCCAAUCCGCCUCCUUGCUAACAUAAUCAAAAUGUAUGAUUUUUAGCCAAUCCAAUGCUUUCCCAUAGCGGCCAAUCUGCAUCUUUUCUGUCCAGAUCUCAUUAAAUAUGGGUUUCUUCGCGUCCAAUUUGAACUGACGCAUGGGCACACCUCUUCAUUGCAUCGCACACACUUAUGCACAGAACAUGCGUCCUACGACACAACUGAUGGAGGGGUCCGCUGUGUAUGCACACCAAACCUGGAACGCAGAACAACUUUAUUGGCAUUCAGGAUGUGAUCACAAAACCACAUAAUUAUCCACUUGGUGAGAAAGUUGUUUGCGGUCACGUCUUGUAGCAAAAGAUGGGUUUCAGCGCUAAGUAAAUAAUCCCCUUAAAAGUAAAAAAGGUGCAUACAUAUGCAAAAAUGGAAAAAUCAUACAGAAAAAGUGUCCAGAAUGUAAAAUACCGUAACAAAGUCCUGCAACAAAAAAAAAAAAAAUCCAAAUAACGUUGUGAUAUGUAGAGAUUCAAAAGCAUGUAGAAAUACCUUAGAAAAAAAGAAACAGAAAAAGAUACAUAGCGUGAUACUGUAUCAAAAAUUUAUUGCCCAACAUAAAAAUGAGAAAAAUCCCCCCCAACUUCAAAACUCUUACAUUAGAUAAAACGUGAUACUCAUCAUAGUAGAUUUUGCCGAAAAAGUGCUUUCAAAGCCACUCGUAUUCUUUCCUUAGAGACAGCUGCUCUCUGGUGCACUCAGGAGGGCUGCCCGUGAUGUAGUCUAUGGAGUAACGCUGGCUGAAAGUCCGGCUUCUGUCGAGUACUUCUAAAGUCUGCCACUGGUAGAUCUGGCAGAUAGACAAUUGUAGCACCCUAUCCAUAGACUACAUCACGGGCAGCCCUCCUGAGUGCACCAGAGAGCAGCUGUCUCUAAGGAAAGAAUACGAGUGGCUUUGAAAGCACUUUUUCGGCAAAAUCUACUAUGAUGAGUAUCACGUUUUAUCUAAUGUAAGAGUUUUGAAGUUGGGGGGGAUUUUUCUCAUUUUUAUGUUGGGCAAUAAAUUUUUGAGACAGUAUCACGCUAUGUAUCUUUUUCUGUUUCUUUUUUUCUAAGGUAUUUCUACAUGCUUUUGAAUCUCUACAUAUCACAACGUUAUUUGGAUUUUUUUGUUGCAGGACUUUGUUACGGUAUUUUACAUUCUGGACACUUUUUUUCUGUAUGAUUUUUCCAUUUUUGCAUAUGUAUGCACCUUUUUUACUUUUAAGGGGAUUAUUUACUUAGCGCUGAAACCCAUAUUUGCAUUUGUUCUUUGGAAUUGGGAAAAUUCUUUUUGUUUUAGCAGCUAUUACUGUUUGAGUACAUUGGGUACUAUUUUUAUUGUUUUAUUUAGACCAUAUAUAGACUAUUACGCAAGUCUUUUAUUUGUAAUACAUGCGCUCUCUUUUUGAUUGUUUAUAUUGUAACAAAAGAUGCUUUUUUUUUUUUGGUGCGUAAAAUAAAUGUUUAUGUAAUCAAUCUACAGCUAUAAGAUUGGUAAUAUUUUGUGCAUGCAUUAUAUUAAGCGCCCUCCAGUGUAUAUUUGAGAUAAUGUUUAAGUCUACACACCUUUUCUAUAUUUGUUUUAAGGUCUGUUAGGAGUGGGCCUCUGAGUGUCUGCUUUUAUUUAGGCACUCACACGUGUAAUUUCCAUUUUCCAUUUUUUUGCGUAUUUGUACCUGUGUCUGUUUGUAACUGAGUGUGUGUGUGUGUGGCAGUGCGUACAUCCAGGCAUUCAUACUCCCUACUCCCUCCAUGACCCAGAGCAAGUGCAUAUGUGUAGCUUUGUGUGUAUAUCUGUAACCGUGUGUGUGUAUAUACCGUAUUUACUCGAGUAUAAGCCGAGUUUUUCGGCACAUUUUUUGUGCUGAAAAACCCCAACUUGGCUUAUACUCGAGUCAAUGUCUGUAUUGUGGCAAUUUAUAUUGCCACAAUACAGACCAGGACCGCCGGGCUCAUUACAAGCCCGGCGGUCCUGUUGGGGGCUGACAGUGAGCGGUUACUUACCUUCCUGCAGCUCCUGUCAGCUCCCUCCUCCUCCGUGCAGCUCCCCGGUCAGCUCCGUUCUGCUCACAGUGUAAGUCUCGCGAGACUUACACUGUAAACAGAACAGAGCUGACCGAGGAGCUGCAGGAAGGUAAGUAAGAGCUCCCUGUCAGCCCCCCACUGAACUGCCAAUGCCACUGGACCACCUGGGAUUCAGUAUUUUAUUUUAAUAAUAAUAAUAAUAAUAAAAUAUUAUUAUAUUAUUAUUUUAAUAUUUGCAUUAUUGUCCCCUCUCCCUGCUUGUUGCCUGGUCAGGGAGGGGGGACAAAAAAACAUUAAAAAAAAUUCAAAUAUUAAAAUAAUACUAAAAUAAUAUAAUAUUAAAAUAUUAUUUUAUUAUUAUUAAUUUAAUAUUUGCAUUAUUUUUUUUAAAUGUUUUUUGUCCCCCCUCCCUGGCCAGGCAACAAGCAGGGAGGGGGGGACAAAAAAAUAUAUAUUUUUUAAAUAAAUAUUUUUUUGUCCCCCCCUCCCUGCUUGUUGCAUGUGAGUCAGUGACUGUGUGCGUCCAUGUACUUUUCAAGAGCAGUUCGCAAAAGCAAUAUAUACUUAUAUUAUUAUUCAAUCAACAUUUCAGAUGUUUGUCCAUUACUGAAAAACAGUUAUGUGAUUGAAAACAUUGACGGCAUACUGUUGCAGAUCUGCAUAGAAUAAGCAGUUUUUUAGAGUGAUAAACAAAAAACCUCCGAUAUUUUUUAAUGUGCAUGGGGAUUUGGGAUAGUAUGCAAGUAACUUAAUUGUUUUUUCUUUCAUCAUAUUGGGGCUAAUGUGUACUAGAGUCAUUGCUGCCACCCAGAAGCAGUUGGAGUUUGAGCGCAGGCCUUAAUUAUGUAUGUUUGUAUAUGCUUUUUGUAUUAAACCACCAUGUUAAAGUGCUGAGAUCCACCACCAUGUGUUCCCUAUUAAGGCUUAAUAAAUGUGUUUGGGUUUAGAAAAAUAGCGCUCUCUGUCUUGUUACAGACCUUGACUAAAAAGAAAAAGUAAAGUGAAUUGUUGGUGUAGGACGUGGCAUGUGAGCUUACAUUUUAAUGGCUAUUGGAGUAAUACUAUUUAUAUCCCCAUAAUCAUUUCAUUAAGAUUACAUGUUUUCUGAGUUUAAAGAAUCUCUUUAAGACUUUUCUUAGUGUUUCUAAUAAUAGCUAGACAGAAGUGAUUGUAUAACGAGUCUGUACGCUUUUAAAUAAGUGGAUUCAUCUAUUUGCCUAUCUGUGAUCUAUCAAUUUAUCUUUCGGCAGCAGGAAGCAGUCCAUUGGAGAGCCCAAGAAAUUUUUCCACCACUGCAUCCGUGAACUUUCCCUUUGCUCGGAGGUAUUUUUCUUUUCUUCUUCUUUCCAUAGUUUGUUGAAGCAUUUAUUAAAUUUGUUGUAGAAGGUAACAUGUUUGGAAUAAUCUGAAGGCCAUACAUUUUAACUGACAGAUUUUCUUUCAUUUAUCUGGCUUUAAAGGGAAUGGGGCUUUCUUAUUGGACCAGCAUAAUACUUAAGACAAGCUUUUGAGAACAUUCAUCUCUUCCUUCGAUAUUGCUUCAGACCUGAGGAAUAGAGUAAACUUGAAUAAAAGCUUGUCUUUUAGUAUUCUGUUGGUUCAAUAAAAAAGGUGUCAUUGCAUACUUCAAUACUCUGGUAUUUUGGCAUCUUGUCUGCUGGACUAAUAUGGCUAUGUAUAUAAUAUAUACAUAUACUGAUCAGCCACAACAUUAAAACGAGUGACAGGUGAAGUAAAUAACAUUGAUUAUAUGGUUACAAUGGCACCUGUCAAGGGGUGGGAUUUAUUAAAGGGAUACUAUAGUCACCUGAACAACUUUAGCUUAAUGAAGCAGUUUUGGUGUAUAGAACAUGCCCCUACAGCCUCACUGCUCAAUCCUCUGCCAUUUAGGAGUUAAAUCCCUUUGUUUAUGAACCCUAGUCACACCUCCUGCAUGUGACUUGCACAGCCUUCCAUAAACACUUCCUGUAAAGAGAGCCCUAUUUAGGCUUUCUUUAUUGCAAGUUCUGUUUAAUUAAGAUUUUCUUAUCCCCUGCUAUGUUAAUAGCUUGCUAGACCCUGCAAGAGCCUCCUGUAUGUGAUUAAAGUUCAAUUUAGAGAUUAAGAUACAAUUAUUUAAGGUAAAUUACAUCUGUUUGAAAGUGAAACCAGUUUUUUUUUCAUGCAGGCUCUGUCAAUCAUAGCCAGGGGAGGUGUGGCUAGGGCUGCAUAAACAGAAACAAAGUGAUUUAACUCCUAAAUGACAGUGAAUUGAGCAGUGAAAUUGCAGGGGAAUGAUCUAUACACUAAAACUGCUUUAUUUAGCUAAAGUAAUUUAGGUGACUAUAGUGUUCCUUUAACACUAUAGUGUCCUCAAAUUUCAUGGGCAAGCGUAAAGAUCUGAGUGACUUUGACAAGGGUCAAAUAGUGAUGGCUAGACGACUGGGUCACAGCAUCUCCAAACCGGCAAGUCUCAUGGGGUGUUCCCAGUAUGCAAUUAUUAGUACCAACCAAAAUUAGGAAGGGCAACCAGUGAACAGGCAUCAGGGUCAUGGUCGCUCAAGGUUGGUUUAUGUAUGUGGGGAGCAAAGGCUAGCCCUUCUGGUCCAAUCACACAAAAUAGCUACUGUAGCACAAAUCGUUAAAAACCUUAAUGCUAGCCAAAAAAUGGCCGCGCUUGCAUUUGGAUUUCCCCAUAGGAAAGCAUUAUUUAAUGCUUUCCUGUGGGGUAAAAUCGGACGCUGGAGCUCCUCAUGCAGAGUGUGAGGAUGUCCAGCUUCAGAUAACGGACCAAAGGUCCGUUUCAAUUCAUUAUGUACUUCUAGUGGCUGUCUGGCAGACAGCCACUUGAGGAGGGGUUAAUACUCAGAGGCAAUUAAUGCAGUUUCUCAGAAACUACAAUAAUUAUCAAUGUAGGGUUAAGGGACAGGGGACAUUGCACCCAGACCACUUCAAUGAGCUGAAGUGAUCUGGGUGCCUGUGCCGAACCGCCAGUAUAUCGCCGCCAUGGAUUCCCUUUCCCCAAGUGAAGUAGCUCUAUCGACCAUGAGAGUAACCAUCGCUGGUAUAGCCUUUUCAUCGACACAUUAGUCGAGACUGAAUGCUGGGAGUAGAUCUGUUUAAUGCAGGCAAGCGCUCUCAAUUUACACAUACAGUAAACUCCUCCCUGUGCCUGAGAGAUAAUUGAGUCAGGAAACUUAAAACUCUCUCUCCCAGGUACAGAAAAAUAUAACAAUUUUUCAACACCCCAAAAGUACCUCCAAAAUACAUGAAAACCCCUCAAGAGACACAUCCUCGGAUAGCCCUGAUCUUAGUGCUUAACAACUCAGAUUGGUUCGGUGGUUUGGAAUUUCCAUCAAGGUACAGUUUAGACCUGCCGGCCACGACUUAGAAAAUCAAUAUAGUUACAGAGAAAUCGUGGCAACAGCCGGUCUCAGUUUGAGUUUUUUUUAUACGAAAGCAAUUUACAAUGUCUGAACUCUUUUAGUGCCUGCAAGAAUGCUCCUCCCGAACGCAGUUGAUGUUCACGGGAGUGCCAGGCCGAAAUAAGUUCCAGGUACCGCUGCUUGAGUUCGGGAGACAAGAUGGCCUUCAUUCUGUCGACCAUGUGCAUUCAGUUACAUGGAAUGGCGGCCACCCCGGGGAGCCUUUUAGUAUAGUUUCCAUUGUGGUUUUGUGGAUACUUAGUGUUCCAAAUUCUAAUGAGAUCUUGGGUUGGUCCUCAUUCGGGAGCCGAAUUAUGUGGGUUCGAACAAGCAAUUGAACAGAAAAGAAACUAAUGAUACCAAACCAAGUAAUAUGGAAUUCCUUCACAGUGCCUACCCUUUAAUGUGGAUGUUACUUUGACACGUACCACCUACCUAGAAUUGUUUCAGAUCACGUACAGCCCUUCAUUGCAAUAGUGUUGCCUGAUGGCAGUGGCCUCUUUCAGCAAAAUAAUGCACCCGGCCACACUGCGAAAUCUGUUCAGGAAUGGUUUGAGGAUCAUGACAUAGUGUUAAAGGUGUUGCCUUGGCCUCCAAGUCUAAAAUAUACUUAUCCAAAAGAAGCACCCUCAACUGGUUUAAAUGGUGAUAUAUCAUUCUAUUUAAUAUACCUCUCAAAUAUCCAUGCUCACAAAUCCAUUUCUGGACUAAAAUAUUGUCAUCCUGUAAUUUUCCAAGGAAGUGAGCAGUGGGAACAUAACAACAAAGGAAUACGGGUCUCAAAAAAUUAGGGAUUUCUAUGGAGUUCAGAAGUUAGGCCAUCCAAGGUGCCAGACCUCUGUCCGCCUCCGCCAAGCUGGACCCACACAAUGAGUUCCGUGUCACAGUGGACACUCGAAGACCCUGGCAGUCCUCUCCACCUCCCACAGAGUCUGUAGACCAACUGCCUCCUGCACGUCUGCCGUACCACCAAUCCUACGGUGGAGAUGACUAAAUAUGCGGAGCUCAGUCUGCGCCUUGCCCUCAUCGGGUGAAGAUUAAGAAAUUUUUUUAGCAUCUGCUUUUUUCGUCGGGUUUUUUUUUUUUUUGUGCUCAGGUUUUUUAUUUUUUACAAGUUCGGGUAUUAUGGUUUUUAUUUGGCCUUUUUUGGGGCUGAAAAAUGAAGAUUUUAGAAAAAAGACCUCAAAUGGUAAUUUUUUUUUAAAUUUAUUUUUUUAUACAGGUACUUGGUUCUUUUAUUCCCCCCUCACUAUUUUUUAGGGUGAGGGGGGUAGGUAGGGGAUUAUUCAUUUUUGUUUUGGGUGGGGGGGUGACUAGGGGCUUGGGGACCCCUAGUCACCUUGGGGGGGGGAAAUUUUCAAACAAUAGGCCACCUCCCCAUUGUUUUUAUGCCCCCCCUGCCGCUCAGGGGUUGGGGUUGGGGGGGAGGGCAAUAGGUCGUCCCCCCUCAUUGUUUUUAUAGCCCCCACCCUCCGCCCAGGUGUGGGGGCUUGUGGGGGGAGGACAAUAGGUCCCUCCCCCCUCAUUGCUAUUUAGUGCCCCCACCCGCCGCUCAGCAGUGGGGGCCGGGAGGAGGACAAUAGGUCCCUUCCCCACAUUCUCAUUUAGGGCCCCCACACGCCGGUCAUAGGUGGGGACGGGGGGGCGGACAAUAGGCCCCCCACAUUCUCAUUUAGGGACCCCACCCACCGCUCAGGGGUGGGGGUCGGGGAGAGGGCCUCUAGGGUGGGGGGCUCGGGAGCGGGGUACUAGGGGUUUUUUUUUGUUGUUUUUUUUUAACAUUGAGCAGCCACAGUCUGCUCACUGUUUAGUUGACAUGCCUCUACUCGCGGCAUAGCAUUUUAAUCUCCCUUAUGCUAUUAUGGGGGGGUUAUAUUGACCCCCAUAGAGUGAGGGAGGACAUGGGGGGGCUUAGGAAGUGGCAGGGAGGACUGCUCCCUGCCGCUUCUAUUUUUAAAUUUUAGGAGGGAGCUGCGCGCCGGUAGCUCCCUCCUUGUAAUAAACUGAACGAACACUGAUAUUCAGUGUUUGUUCGUGUGACAUUUCUAUUGAUUCAUUCAUCUUUCUGACGAAUGAAGGAAUAUAUUAAAUUCCUGUUCGCGUGCCCAAGUGUUUAACUGGGCAUGUGCGGAAAUUUCACAGCGCUAUCUAGUGUGGGCAGAUGACAUGUCCCACAGGGACUUCAUCUACCCACACGAAGAUGGCGGUGCCCAGAACCUAGGUCCGGGCACAAAAUAAAGUUUAAAAACUAGGUAAUAUGGGGGGCUUCGGGGCAUUUGGAGGUCACUAGGGGGUCAAUUAGAUGUAGUGGAGUCUGGAGGGGAGUUAAAAAACAAAACAAAAACGGGAUUCGUCCAUGACAGUGUCGCUUUACUGCAUGUGAGGCGCUCGCCACACAUGUGCGUUAUUUUGUCUUCAUUGCCAACAUCAGUGGAGACAGAGCCUGGAGAAGGGACCUCAGCACAAAAAAGAGUCAAGUGUUUUAAAGUUGUUGUUUUUUUGCUAGAUUUUAACAUGCUUUUCCUCUGUGUUGCUCACUCCUGUUUAUUUGUUAUACAUUUGUAUGCAUAAUUGUUUCUUGUCUCUCUGCCCUCUUUCUCUCUCAUGUUGCUGCCAAUAAUGUUUGCAGUUAUGGGACUCGUGCAGACAGGUAAUCAUCCAAUUUGGAAGUUGCUUCUCUCUCAUUGUACCUGUUGCAUGAAUUUAUCAUGUUUUUAUUUGUUAAAAUGUGAUGCAUGUGACUUCCAGGAUUUUGAAAAUUUACAGCUAUGGAAUUAACCAACAAGAAACUUGCCUUUUAAAGUUCCUAAAAUUGUGGCUCUUGUAUAGGCAUGAUUCUCUCACUUUUGGUCUAAGGGGUUUGAUCUUCUCCAAUAAAUGUUUUUCUAGCUGGGCAAGUGCAUUGCCAGUUUUAACGUUAGUGGCCUUUGAGAAAGCAAAUGGAUAUGGAUAUGAAGAUCAGGAAAAGUGUGAAUGUUGCCUGCUUCAAAUUUUGUAGAAUAUUGAUAAAUGCUUAAGGGGCUAUUAAGCUAGAGAUUUGUGAAGCAAGAAUGUUGUUGUAAAUGUGCUCUUUUCUUGCUUUUUCCUUUCAGAGCUGAUGGUCGUAGAUGGUCACUUGCAUCUCUCCCUUCCUCUGGCUAUGGGACCAACACUCCAAGUUCUACUCUCUCGGUAAACCCCUUCUUGCUCUGAUUUUAAAAACACAUCAUGUAUGGCAUUUAUAAAUACAAUCAAGUCAGUGACUGUAUUGUAACUGUAUUGUUCACUACACAGUGUUCAUAAAUAAUUCUUUUUUUUUUUUUUUUUUUGUAUAAGUGGCUUGGCCUUUAGAGUGAGAAAUUGUGUUUUUAUGUGUGUGUUAAAGUGACAAUAUAAGCACACAAAUUAGUAGGGAUGCACUGGAAUGAAAAUUCUGGAUGUCCUUGGCCGGAAACCAAAACCGAAAAUGACUUUUUUCCCGCAAAUAAUUUGUAAAGUGUUUUUUUUUAUUUAUUUAUUUAUUUAUUUUUAAUAAUUUUAUUAAUAUUAGACUUUUUAAUGAAUUUAAUCUAAUAUGAAAAAUGUUCCCUUCUCUUUUAGUGGUCCCACCCCCUCCUUAAUGUUCCUCUCUCCCCCCUCUAGUGUUCCUCUCCCAUCCCUCUUUUUUUAGUGUUCUUUCCUCCCUCCUCCCUCGUCCCAUAGUGUCCCUCCUCCCUCGUCCCAUAGUGUCCACCCCCCGUCCCAUAGUUUCCUCUUCCCUCCCCGUCCCGCAGUGUCCUCUCCCCUCCCCCGUCCCGCAGUGUCCUCUCCCCUCCCCCGGCCCGCAGUGUCCUCUCCCCUCGGCCCGCACCCGCAGUGUCCUCUCCCCUCCCCGCACCGCCCCAGUGUCCUCUCCCCUCCCCGCCGCCUCCUCUCCCGCCCGCAGUGUCCUCUCCCUCCCCCGCCCGGUGUCCUCCUCCCUCCUCCCUGCCCGCAGUGGCCCGCCCGCAGUGUCCUUCCCCUCCCGCCCGCACCCGCCCGGUGUCCUCUCCCCUCCCCGCCCGCAGUGUCCUCUCCCUCCCCGCCCGCAGUGUCCUUCCCCCCCGCCCGCAGUGGCCCGCAGUGUCCUCUCCCUCCCCGCCCGCGUGUCCUCUCCCUCCCCGCCCAGUGUCCUCUCCCCCCUACAUCCCGCAGUGCCGCCCACUCCCUACCGCCCGACCCGACCCCCCGGUGUCCUCUCCCUCCCGCGGUGUCCUCUCCCCCCCCACCCUCCCCGUCCCGCAGUGUCCUCUCCCCCCCCCACCCUCCCCCGUCCCAUGAUGUUAUUUCAUUGUGAUAUAUAAUCAUCUGAAUUGUUAAUGCAAUUUUUAUUUUUUUUAUUUUUUAAACUUCAGCAAAUUUUACCCUUUUCAGUCGAAAUUUCAGUGCAUCCCUAAAAACAACUUUAGCUUAAUGAAGUGUAUAGACCAUGCCUCUGCAGUUUCACAACUCAAUUCUCUGUCACACCUCCUCUGGCUGUGACUUACACAGCCUGCAUGAAAACUAUUACAUUACAUUACAAAAUACUACAUUCAAUCCGAUGUUAACUUGCUCUAGAAGUUUAUCUCUUGCUCUGUAAAUGUAACUUUAGUUACACAAAGGAGUCUCCUGCAGGCUGUAGCAGGUUAAGAGAGCACGAGAUAAGAAAUUCUAAAUUAAACAGAAUGUGCAAUAAAAGAAGUUUAAAUAUUGACUCUUUACAGGAAAUGUUUAGAAAGGCUGUAUAAGUCACAUGCAGGUAGGUGUGACUAGGACUGCAAAAACCGUAAUUUAACUCCUAAAUGGUAAAAUAUUGAGCAGUGAAACUGCACAAUCUAUACACCAAAGUUGUCUCAUUAACCUAAAGUUGCUUGGCCUAAGUGACUGUUCUUUUUUUAAGGUAGAUUUUUUUUAUUUAUUUUUUCAUGUCCUUAAUUUUUCCCCUAAUUUGAGAUUUUUGCCAAGUCUUCAUACUUUUGUAUAGUCUCUGUAUGAUAUCCACGCAUUAUGUAGCCUUUAUCAAGUGUGUGUGUGUUUCUGCAGUCUUCCUCCUCCUCUCAGGAACGGCUACACCAGCUGCCAUUCCAGCCCACAGCCGAUGAACUACACUUUCUCUCCAAACAUUUCCGGAGCACCGAAAGUGUCACAGAUGAAGAGGGAAGGCGUUCACCAUGUAUGCGUGCUAGAUCCAGAAGCCUAAGGUUAGAAAUUAUGUUCAGCUCAAAAACUAUUAUAGCUGGCUCACAAUGUUUUUCAAAACGUGUCCUGUUAUUCCCCUGCGAUUACGUUUGUUCUGAGUGAAGAAAUUGGCAAUGUUAUUCAUUGGGUUCUUAGUAUAAAGCACACUUUGCAAGAGUCACUUAAAAUUAAAUACAAUCCCCUAUCCGUCUUAAUCUGCUCCCAUUUAAUCCUCCCAGGCACCUAAUAGGGUUCUUAUGAUCACCAGGGUUCUUACACCUAAUACCUUGUUUGGCCGAUGACCUUCCUCUGGACAAUGAAACAAUUUGCAGCAAUCUGUUCAGACUGCUUGCUGGAGUAGUAAUUAAUAACAUCGAGACAGAGCUUUGGUGCAUUCAAAGUAAAGUUUAUUAUGCAAAACGUCAGGGGUCUUAUAGAUAUUUUAUUCAAUGUAUUCCAAUAAGGGGUACAAAACGAACCAGUUUCAUUGUCUAGUAUAUUAUCUGUCUUUUCCAGCUCCAUGACGCAGAGAAGGGCAUAGCUGGACUUGCUUUGUAAUACUUAACCAUAUGUAUGCAGUCUUAGAUGAAGAUCAUUCUUUUUAAACAUCGUCGCUUUAAUCACCUAUUGUAUAUUUAUAUAUGUGUCUGUUAUUUAUCACUAAGAGGGACAGUUAAGGCACCCUAAGACAGCAUAACAGCCUCAUUUAACUUGAGUUGUUAUGGUGCCUCAAUGAGUUAAACUGUUCAGCGCAUAUCUCAACUCCCCCCAAACGGCAUCCAGCUUCUGAAAUUUCAAUUUCAAGAAGCGCAGAGUGCUUCUGGCCAGGGUCGCCGCUGAUUUUCUGAGAGUGGUCAUCUGAUGCUCUCAGCCAAUCAGUGGUUCCCCACUCACAAAACUGGCUUGGAAAGAAAUGCUUGGAACGAACCUGCGUUAAGGAGAGCUGGGGACUGAUUUAUUUAUUUAAUUUUUUGCAUGGACAUUAUACAUUUUUAUGGGGCAUAAUCUGUCAUGGAUCAAGUGGGGAAUUGGGUGGAUGCCCAUCAAGUUUUACCUUGGAGUCAAGCUCCUGUUGUAUUUGAAUCUAGUAAUGCCCUUAUUACAGACAAACAAUAUGUAAAAAUAAAAUUUGCAGUGGUUACACUUAGACAUUUGCAACCCUAUUAUUUACAUAGCUUUUUGUUGGUGUGUUGAUGAAAUGCAUUUCAUUAGGAAAAUUAGAUAAAUGAACACAAGCAUCGGGGGGGGGGGGACUUCUCGUAAUUUACUUUCCAAGCUAUUCACUAAAGUGAGAAUUAGAAGUGAACUCAGAGUGGAUUUCAAAUUUAAGGUCAAAUUUGCCAGACUGGAAAUAUUCUCUAAGACAGCUAUGCUUUUUGGCCUUAAAUUUGAAAUUCACCUUGAGUUCUCACUUUUGUAAAUAGCCUUGGCCGAUGGCCGCACUGCCAAUGUCUGUUAAGGAGUGAGACAGAACAAUUUAGCAAGUACCGUAUAUGAAUACAAAACAUGAAUUAACUUAAAGUAACGUGAAUUGUACGACAGGUGCCAUCUAAUCUCUUCAUCCAGCAUGCUAAAUACAUUACACUGGUAACCGUUUUCUAGUUGCAUUUGCAAUCUUUUUGUUUUGUCUUUUCAGCCCUGGUCGUGCAUUGGGAAACUUUGAUAACGAGAUAAUAAUGAUGAACCAUGUUUACAAGGAGAGAUUUCCCAAGGUAAAAUUAGCAAAUAUGUUUAAAAUCUAAAUUAAUUUUACCUUGUCUCAGAAAGAUAUGGUACUCAAGAUGAACUGCUCAUUGAUGUAAUUUAUAGUUCAUUCCAAUUUGCUUUACUGGUAAAUGGAUUGCAUUAUCCUAUUUUGUUAAGAAACUCAUUGCAUUGUAUCUUUCUGAUUGUUAAUGCUGAGGUUCCAUCUUUAUGGAAAUAAAUAAAGCUACCUACUCAAGUGGAGAGCAUAAAAUUAAAAGACAUAGUUAUUGUGUGUAUCAAUUAGAUCAGUGGUUAUCAAGUCAUUGUCCAAGCUUGACAAAACGAGAUUAGCUGUCAGUUUCAUUGAAGUCUAAUCUAAAAAUGAUUAAUUAUAGUUAUAGUCAUUUUAGUUCAUAUAAUGUUAUAGCAAUAAGCAUCAUGAUAGCCCUUUUUAAUGAUUGUAUUUUAACUAGUUAAAUCAGAAUAGAUCCAGUUACAAAGAUAGUGACUACUUCCUUUUGGACAGGGAUAAGCAAACCAAAUUACCUUAACCACCAACUUCUUGGGAUUUUAAGGGUUACUUAGUUAUUUUAUGGUGGUGAUAUCUGUAUAACCUAAAUCAGUGUUAUCAAACACUCAACUCCCCUGCCAUGGACUACAACUCUCCCACAUAGAUAAUUAUGGGAAUUGUAACCAAAUAACAAGUUUGGGGUGGGAAAGCUGAGUUUGAAUACUCUGACCAGGAACUUUGAUGGUUCUUUGUGACUGGUCUGACAACCACUGUUUCAGAAACCUGAUUUUAACAAGGUCAUUUAUCUUGACCUGUGCUUUAAAACCCAUCCAGGCCACGGCGCAGAUGGAAGAACGGCUGCAUGAUAUCAUCACAAAUUUCUCUCCCAACCGAACAUUGCCGCUGUCUGAUGGUGUCCUGGGCUUCAUUCACCACCAGAUUAUUGAACUAGCCCGAGACUGUUUAGACAAAUCAAAGGAGGCCUUGGUCACCUCUCGCUACUUUGCAGAGCUGCAGGAGAAACUGGAGAAAAUGUUGGAAGAUGUGAGUUGUCCAUAAUAUUCACCAGAUUUUGCAUGAACACACGUGGUAUAAUUUUUACAUUUACAUUUGUUUCUUGUAGGGUAUUGUUUUAUGCUCAUAUAUUAUUAGAAAAUGAAAUAUAGUGCAAUAUGAUAUAGGGGCACACAUUUAACCUACUAGCAUGAUUUUGCAGCGAUAAUAUCUAAGUAAAUUAGUCUUGCAUUUCCAUCAUACGUAGUACUUGUGUGUUAAAGGAACACUCCACAUACCAUAACCACUAACAGCUCGCUGUAGUAGUUGUGAUGCCAGGAGUUCUCUGGCACCUACUUAUUGUAAGGAAUAAAACAAUUUUCAAACUGUUUGAACUCUUACCUAGGGUUGGCUAGGCUCGCUACCUGCUUCCUCUACCAUCUUUGAGAGCCAGAAGUUUUUGAUUAUGGCGUUAUUCUCAGGACAGCUGUUGGAAGUUUCUGUUUAGGAACUUCCUGCUCUCCAGCAAUGUUAGUGUAGACUGGGAGUAGUAAAGUAAAAUGGUUUGCAUCAUUACAGUUGGGACGCACUCUGGCACUUGUGACACCAUAACCACCACAGCAAGCUCUAGUGAUUACGGUUAUGAGUGCUCCUUUAAUGCCCAUUCUGCACAUAUAAAAGAGCACUGUAAUAGGUGUAUUCUCACAGGCUAUAAAUUUUACAUGUAGAAUGAACUAUAUGUGACUGGUUGCGUGUGCAAAACCACAUAUAAAACCUGUAAAAUGUGUUUCUUUCUAUCACGGGGAGUCAUGGGAAAUGCUUUAUUUUUUUGUGUGCAAAAACUAAAGAUUUGAGGAUUCAAAAAUACAGCAUAUGAGUGAGUCCAAAACAUCAAAUGCAUUAAAGAUGUAUUGGUGCCCGAAUUGUGUGCCUUUGAUGAACUAGGGGGAAAUUAUAGUCUUUGCUUCAAACAUCUAAAAGCCUGAGGACACACCUUUAACAAACUUUUCCAGUACAAUUUGCUCAGCAAAUAAGCUUUAUUUGUAUUUAUUUAUUUGGAUACACAUACUAAACAUGAUGAACCCCAUAGUGACAAAUAAUUUUACCCUUUUUUUUUUUUUUUUGCUCAAAUUUCAGCGGGGGUGGGAUUCCCCUUUCUGAUUUCAGCGGGGGUGGGAUUCCCCUUUCUGAUUUCAGGAGGGAAAUCACACCAUGACUUAAUUUUUCCAUCGUGUGUUAAGAUGUUACACCUUAAUUUGUUACUGUACCUUUGGAAACAAAACAGAAUUAUUGAAUGUUGCUGCUUAAACAAGUUGCAUGUAUUUGCUCACUACACACACCUUUCUGUGAUUUAGGCAUACAACCGGUCAGAUAGUGAAGAAGUGACAUUCAUUAUCCAACUAGCACGGAAGUUGCUGAUUAUUAUUGCCCGACCUGCAAGACUUCUGGAGUGUCUGGUAAUGAAAGCAAGCCUCUCUGUUUUUUUUUUGUUUUUUUAAAUAUACAUGGUGCUCUUGUAGAUAUUUGGUAAAAUGACUAUUAUUUAUAUGUAUGGGGGUUUAAAAGAAAACUAGUAUAUGGAACAGUAAAUCAUGCAAAACAUGAAAUGUUUCUGUAUUUUAUAGCUUUGUGUUUAGGUUUUUGGUCUCUCUGGCUAACGCUUCCUGUAUACUUUACAAGCCACAAAAACAUAUGAGUAUAAGAAAGCAUUCACAUAAAAAUAAUUUAUAUGUACAUAUCCAUGUAAUAACAUACCUACAUAUGUAGACUCACAUAUACUGAGCUACUUACAUGCACACAGUCAAGUAGACACACAAUCACAAAUUUAAAGGGACCCUAUACACACCAAAACAACUUUAGCUUAAUGAAGCAGUUUUCAUGUAUAGAUCAUGCCCCUGCAGUCUAGCUAUUCGAUUCUCUGCCAAUUAGGAGUUUAAUCACUUUGCUUCUACAGCCCUAGUCCCAAUUCCCUGCAUAUGACUUGUACAGCCUUCCUAAAUACUUCCUGAAAAAUAACCUAGAUAUUUUUGGUUUUUGUAUUGCACAGUCUGUUUAAUCUAGAAUUUACAGAGCAGUAGAUAAAACGUAUAAAGCUUGUUAACAUCUGAUUAAAAAUGAAACUAAUUUUUCAUGCAGACUGUGUCUAUCACAGCCAUGGGAGCUGUGGCCUUGGCUGCAUGGGCAGAAGCAAAAGUGAUUUCAUUCCUAAAUGAGAAUUGAGCAAUAAGACUGCAGGAACAUGAUCUAUACACUCAGCUGCUUAAUUAAGCUAAAGUUGUUGUCCAGCCACAUGUAGGCAUUGGAUUUGUUCAAUAUCUUGCACAAGCUCCUUCAUGAUUUCAUCCGUGGUGGCAAGCAUAGCAGCAGGUGCUGGGCUAUUACUCACAUAGCUUCUCCCUGUAUUACUCUUCUCCAGGUCUGAUUAGGCAAGAAUAAGCAGCCACUUGCUGGUUAAAAAAGUAAAACCUGCUGCCUUACACCUAGGCAGCAUAGGUCAAAUGCUUUACUUUUUACAGCAGUAACCUUUAGCUCUUUACAAUUAAGGGUUGCAUUUGUGAACUGUAGUGUUUUUUUUCUCUUUGUAUUUAGGAAUUUGACCCAGAGCAGUUUUAUCAUCUUCUGGAGGCUGCUGAAGGUCAUGCCAAGGAAGGCCAAGUGAUAAAAACAGAUAUUCCCCGCUACAUAAUCAAUCAACUUGGGCUCACGAAGGACCCUUUAGAGGGUAAGAUGCAAAUGUGUCACUGAGAGUUACCACUGAAAGUUUAAAAAGGUUCCCAGGAUAUUUAUUUAAUAUCAAGAGAGUCUGCUUUACAGAUUUAUACUUUUGUGUAUACGUUUUAGAUUCUGUUACUAAAGUUGUACUCUCAGUAUGCAAUAUUUUGCAAAUGUCUAGUUUUGAAAUCAUAGCUCACUCCUAACUGCCAAAAAUUAAGGAAACGCUCAAAAACACUUGCCACUGCAGCUCGCUCUUGUGGUUAUGGUGUCCCCAAUUCUAACUAGAAUGUUUUGACAUCGUAUUUGUGUCCCACUGUUCAACACCUGCACUGUUAACCCCUUAACGCAGUUACGGCGUUCUAUGCCGUCCCCAUUUAAAUGGGCUUUAAAGCCAUUGUGGCGGCAUAGAACGCCGUAACAGCUGCAGCCCCCAGAGCGCCUGGGAUACUUACCUCCACCGCGAUCCUUUUCGGGAGGACUGCCUGACAGCCCAGGCAUAUCAGGAUGAUGAAAGUCUGUGAUACAGACUGAAACGUUGAUUUUUAUUUUGAGCUAAUAAAAGCUAAGUUUUAUUCAUUCUACUUGGAAGUCCCUGGAGUGCUAUCUUGUACUUUUGGCUGUAUCUGUUUGCUGAUAAGCACCGGGCAAGUACAUCAAGGAAGGUGGAGUGCAUUACUAUUUUUGUUUUUUAUAUAUGUAUAUGUGUAUGUGUGUGUAUGUGUGUGUGUGUGUGUGUGUGUAUAUAUAUAUAUAUAUAUAUAUAUAUAUAUAUAUAUAUAUGUCAUACAAAGUGUAUUUUAAUAUUAAUAUAAGUACAUAUAUUCGUAUUAAACUACACUUAGAAUGACGUUAUAUAUAUAAUUACAAUAAUAAAUAAAAUAUUGAAACAAAAUCUAAUAUAAAUUGUAUAUUCAUACGUAAUUUCAUUCUAACUGUAUUUUGUUAAUAUAUAUGUAACAAAAUACACUUAGAAUGACUCUCUCUCUCUCUCUCUCUCUCUCUCUCUCUCUCUCUCUAUCUAUCUAUCUAUCUAUCUAUCUAUCUAUCUAUCUAUCUAUCUAUCUAUCUAUCUAUCUAUCUAUCUAUAUAUAUAUAUAUAUAUAUAUAUAUAUAUAUAUAUAUAUAUAUAAAUAUUUGUGUUUAGUGAAGUCUCCCGAGAAUAACAGUACCCCCAUGUACAGGUUUUAUGGUGUUUUGGAAAGUUGGAGAGUCACAUAUAAGGCUUGCAUUUCAUUUUUUUGACAUUGAAAUUUGCCAGAUUGGUUAUGUAGUCUUUGAGACUGUAUGGUAGCCUAGAAAUGAGAAUUACCCCCAUGAUGGCAUACCAUUUGCAAAAGUAGAAAACCCAAGGUAUUGCAAGUGGGGUAUGUCCAGUCCUUCUUAGUAGCCACUUAGUCACAAACACUGGCCAAAUAUUAGUUUUUUGCUUUUUUUCCACACAAAAACAAAUAUGAACACUAACUUUGGCCAGUGUUUGUGACUAAGUGGCUACUAAAAAAGACUAAACAUACCCCACUUUCAAUACCUUGGGUUGUCUACUUUUUCAAAUGGUAUGCCAUUAUGGGGGGUAAUUCUCAUUCCUGGGCUACCACACCGUCUCAAAGGUAACAUUACUAAUCUGGCAAAUUUCAAUUUGAAAAUGGAACGUUCUAUAUUUGACCCUGUAACUUUUCAAAACACCAUAAAACCUGUUAAUGGGGGGUUCUGUUGUACUCGUGAGAUGUCGCUGAUUACAAAUAUGUGCAUUUUUUUUUUUUUUUGCAGCAAAACAGUAUUAUAGUAUUAUGACAUUCACAGCUAAAAUGUCAGACGGAAAUACAAAUAAAAAAAAAAAUCUUAUUUUCUCACUUUUUUUUUAAAUUUUAUUCAUAAUAAAUUAUGUUCCAUAUAUGAAUAGUUAAUGAUACAUUAAAGUCCUUUUUCUCCUGAACAAAAUGAUAUAUAAUAAGCGUGGGUGCACUUAAUGUGACAGCGGUGAAUUAUGGUUGAACAGACAUAUAGCGCAAAUUCCAGUUUUUGUUUACGUUUUGUUUUGAUCAGAACGUGCACUAUUGACUCCAUCCUGAAGGGGUUAAUGCCGGAGUGCUGGAAGUUCCAAAGUUUAACUCAUUGGCUGAGAGCGGUCAAUUGAUGCGUUCAGCCAAUGAAGUGUUUAACUCUGGAGAGCUAAAGUUCAUUCUGGAUCAACUGUUACAAGUAGAGGCAGGGAACACGGUUUGGUAAAAAUAAUCCAACCAUUCAAAAACAGUUGCAAUACUUACAAUGAGGGAGUGUCAGGGUGCUCCAGGGAACCAUAACCAAUACAGUGAGCUAUGUUGCUUGGAAUGUUCCUUAAAUUUAAAUCUUAAUAAAAAAGUAGGUCCAUGCACUCAAUGCUCAAAAGGGCAUAUUUAUUUGGAAUACAGUGUAACCAGCAAUGUUUCGACACCAAGUGGAUGUUUGUCAUGGUUUUUUUUCUUUCUUUCUUCUUUUUUUUUUUUUUUUUGUUUUGUUUUUGUUUUUGGAAGCAGGAAAAAUUGGCAAGCAAAAAGAUCUGCGUGACUUUGACAAAAUGGAAAGUCUUGUGGGGUGUGUGAUCCUGUAUAGCAAUUAUCACUGUCCUCUAGGGUACAAACAUGCACAGUCUUUUGUCUUAAUAAAGUGACUGAAUUUGGAAAAUCCACAGAGGAGGCAGCAGCAUCAGGAACACAACCAAAGAAAUAAUACUGUAACAAAGCCCUGCAAACACAAUCCUAGCUCAUCUGAGCGCUUACUAACAUUCAAUUUCCCUCUCUAUCAAGGGUUAAACCUAAACCUAUCAUAGGUUUCACCAACCUUGUUUAAUAGCAACUUUCUGCACUCCAGUGCUCAGUCACCUUGUUGCUAUCCUUCUGUGCUCCAAGUCAGCCUGCUGCUUCCAACCUCUCUUUACCUGCCUAGCAGGGAGGGGUUUAUUCCUACCGCUGCAGCUGAGCAAUGGGUUGGAGACCAUCCAAAACCCUGGCCUGGACCUUAUUUCUCUCAGUUGUGUAAAACCUGAGUGUAACUUCGACCCACCCUACUCUCCAAAUGCUCCACCCCAGGGACCCAUAACUAAACAUUAAUUUGUGUUGCAUACUCCCCCUGGGGUUAAAUGUCAUAUGCCUUUCUGAGGAAAUUGGCAGAUAUAUAAACACCCUCACAAACAACCCUAUUCACUUUAUCACAGGUGUUUCUGGUAUGCAGUGGUUAGUACGAAUAAAAACGAGCAAAGGCUAACCCAACUGGACCCAUCACAGAAGAGCUGCUGUAGUCAAAUUGUUGAUAAACUGGUCAUGAUAGAAAUGCAUCAGAACACACAGUGUAUCGCAGUUUGUUGCAUAGCCACAGACCGGUCUGUGCUCUGGGCAAUGUUCUUCUGGGAGACAUUGGGUGCUGGCCUUCAUGUGGAUGUUACUGGGACUCGUACCACCUACCCACAGAUGGUUGUAGACCACAUACAACCCUUCAUGGCAAUGGUGUUUCCAGUGACAAUGGACUUUCAGCAGGAUAAUGCGCCCUGCCACACUACAAAAAUUGUUCAGGGAAGAUUUAAGGAACACGAUAAACAGUUCAAGGUGUUGCCUUGGCCUCCAUAUUCCCCAGUUCUCAUCCAAUUGCUCAUCUGUAAGUUGUGCUGGAACAACAAAUCUGAUAAAUGGUGGCCCCAUCUCACCAAUCUGACCAAUCAGAGUGUUGCUGCGGGUUACCACUUCAACACUCUGACCAGGUCUCGCGAGAUACAUGGUCUGCAGCUCUGCACAGUGCGGAGCUUAAGACCGUAAAUCUCCACCGGACCACCAGGGCAUGAAGGACACUUGACCAACAGGGAAUUAAGGUAUUCAAUCUCACACCCCUCCCAUUACCCUCUCCCUCACACUAUCACCCCCUCCCCUUCACACUAUUACUCCCUCCCAGUAUCCCCCCUCCCUUACACCAUCAGUCCCUCACACUUUCACCCCCCUCCCUUUCAGUAUACCUCCUCCUUCCCAGUAUCCCCCCUCCCUCCCAGUAUACCCCCCUAACACUAUCACCCCCCAUCCCUUCCAGUACACCCCCCUCCCUCCCAGUAAAUCCACCUCACACUAUCACACGUGUCCCUACCAGUAUGUCCCCUCGCAGUAUUCCCACCCUCACAGUAUUAACCCCCUCCCAGUAUACCCCCUCCACCACACUAUCACCCCACUUACAGUAUUACCCUCCUCCCUCACAGUAUUUCCCACUCAAGCACAGUAUUACCACCUUCCCCUUCCUCACAGUAUCACACUCUGCCACACUCACCAUCACAUUAACCACUCCAAUCCUGUCACACUCAUCCCUGCUACCAUGCCACUAUUGCCUAGACACACUCCACUAGCCCUGUCACACUCGCCCAUCAAACCAUGUCAUACUCACCCUCCCUCAUUUUCUCACAAACCCUCCCCCCAUCUCCUGUCCCAUUUGCCUCCUUCGUCCUGUCAAACUUUCCCUGCUGCUUGUACCCCUUUACUCACUCUGUCACAGUCACCAGCAGAAGACAUACAUCAUACACACUUUAUUAUUUGGUAAAUGAUUUUUCAAAAGCUUUUUUUGCUCAAACAAAAUUUUCAUUUUUGUUUUCAUUAACCCUUUCACACCAGUACUUAUGUAUACACGACUGCCAGGCUAUGCAACCAUACCCCACAACUGUGUAUAAACGAUUGGAAUAACUGCAAAUUAAAUUUUAAUUAUUGCAAAUUAAUUUUGUUUGCAAAUUAUGCUUCAACUACAGCCAGAAAGCUCACAAUGCAGGGGCACGUGAAGCUGUGACACUGCAAGCUUCUGAACAAUGAAUGCAGAGACUAACUCUUAGUAUCCAGCGCUGCAAGCCCGCCUUUCAAUAUAGCGACUGCUCCUUACACACAUAAAAUACAACCCUUUUAUUUUAUACUUUGGGGCUUAGUGGAGCCUCAUGCUUGAAUUUCGCCUAAAGCCUCAUAAAGCCUAGAGCUGCCUCUGCGUACAAGAUACCACAGGACACAUUCAGAGGUCUUGUGGAGUCCAUACAUCGACGGAUCAAAGCUGUUGUGGCAGCACGAGGGGACCUACGUAAUAUAAGGCAGGUGUUUUUAAUGUUGUGGCUGAUCAGUGUAUAUUCUUCUAUAAUGCAGGAUGGAGACUCAGCCACUUUUUACGGAGUUUUACGGAGUAGUAGCAAAGAAAGAGUUCCUGCUUAAGGCCAUGUGACUGUUUAUUCUAUUUAUUCCCUCUAUUUGUACUCUAACUAUGCAUAUGUUUUCAUGGAUAUACACAUACAUAAUUUAUAAUAAUGAAUCGUUAAUCAUAAUUUGUCUUCAUGCGUGUAGUAAAACUAGCUACAGCAUCAAGCUUAUAAGAGGGUCAUGUACUGAAAAAACAAAACAAUAACAAAAAAAACCCAGAAGUUAAAUAGUCUGCGUAUCGCCAUAUCUAUUUACUUUUAAAUGAGUGUGCUGAAAGGUUCAGACUCACUAGAGCUUCACUAAAUCCCUCUGUGAAUGUUGACCUUUAAUUCAUUUUUUCAGUUAAACACACAAUUCGGCAUUGAGAUCCUCAUCCAACAGUAAAGAUAUACUAUAAUGGAUACAUUUCACCCCUCUUUCACUUAUUUAUAUUUUGCACAUAUAAUCAAUUUUUAAAGAAUAUAUUUUAUAACUUAUUGAAUUUACAAUGCUUUAGCUGCCCCAGUCUGUUUAACAGGAAAAAAAAAACUGUUCACGGAGAGAUGAUUUUAGGUACCUUAGAAAAUGUAAACAAUUAUUUGUAUUUGUGUGCUGUUCAUUAAUCUGUAUUGUGUAUACAUUUUAGUCACUAUGGCAGCACCAUUCCUGCAAAACACAUGUUCCAGGUGUGCAUCCAAUUCCUCUUUGUCUUUGCUAGAAAGUUCUAAAAUUAGUCAUAACCAGAUUUUCAGUGUGUUCUGUUUUAAAAGUUUUUUUUUUUCUGUAUUUUAAUAAAAUCUCUUUAUAUGUUUAUCUGCAGAGAUAGUUCAGCUAGAUCACUUUGACAGUGAAUCCACACUACAGUUGGAGUAUGAAGACCACCAAGAUGUGAGUAAAACAAUGCAUUCCCUACUUAGAAAACAAAAAAAUAAGAAGCUCACUGCAGAGCACACUAGACUGUCUUGACAUACUAGCAAAGUAAGAAAUAUUAGUAGGGAGCUGGAUAUUUUCAUCCAAGCUGGUAAGUGUUGUUUGUGUAAUGAUGUAUUGGCGUUAUUGAUUCCAAUCCAGUGUUCAGAAAUGUAUGGCUUUCCAGCCUUAUAAACAGCUAGCCUUUCUUUCUGUAUUUUUAGGAAAAUGUCUCAAGUACUGCUUACAAAAAGAAACCUGGCGAGUGUGACUUUGAAACGAUCAAGCUUAUCAGCAAUGGAGCUUAUGGGUAAUUUAUGUUUUUGGGUUUAGUGUUUUUUUUUUUUUUUUUUCUUCUUCUUCUUAAAUUAAAUCUGUGAAUGUCAAUUUUACUGUCCCUGAAUGUUUUUUAAUAGUAAUCCCCGCUGUAAAUUAAAGGGUUACCUUGCCUAUAAUAUAGAAGCGAGAAUGUCUUCAUUUUGUUUUGUGUUUUGACACAUUGUAUUUUGCAGUGCUACUGCACAGAAUUGGUGCAAACCUGAAGCAAGGAUCUAAACCCUUUAUAAACUUCUUUGGUCCAGUGUCCUUUCGUGAUUUGUCCUUAAGUAUAUCGUAAUGUUUAUGAUUAUCCUGUUGCCUUUGAGCUUGUUUAUCCCAGCUUUGUGUAACAGUCUCGGCUAUAUUACUAAAUAUAAAAUAUCUAACAGCUGAGUCACCGUGUGUAUCCAUCUUGCAGAUAAGGGUGACGGAAUUCUGGCCCUAAGCUAUGGUUAUUAUAGGUCUGAAAUCUAUGUUUUAAUUAGAAGUGGAUCUGAUAUUUUUAUCAGUUGUGACAGACUUUACUCUAUUCUAUAAGAAAUCGGUAGGAACUUGCUACUACGUGCUUAGAGCUUCUACCCCAAAACUCUCAGAGGUUCUUUAUAUAUCUUACUUUAUGGUAAUAAAGAAAGGCUUCUGUCCCACAUGUUUGAAAUAUAUAUAUAAAAAAAAAAAGUAUUUUUCGACACCAGGGUUAAAAAAACAAAAAACAAAAAAAACAUUAUAUACAUAUAUUGUUAGUGAAUAAAUCUGGCAAUCCAAGAAGGAAAUACUGUAAAUUUUACAUUAAUCCUUGGACGUAUUCAAAUCAAUCCUUGGAUGUCAAGUGAGCAGAACAUAAAAAUUAGCCACUGCAAGAUCAUACAGGCUGGCACUACAAUACACUAAAUCUGAAUAAGAUGCCUUUGCUGUGUAUCCUGCCAUAUGAGAUAAUGAAAAUGGUACUGACAGCCCUUAACUAUACAGCAAAGCAAUUGCUUACACACUGUAUUUGUUGUGUAUUACCUCGUAUUUCUAUAUGGGUUAUUCUAUAUCUGCAAUAUUAUACAAAUAUUCCUUCUGGGAUCAGCAUCAGAAACAGAUGUGCGUAAGGCUAAACGUAAUAGACUAGACUAGUCAUUGUUCAUCCUAUAUUCAUAUGUAAACAAACUCAAGUAGCGUAUACGAGUACACUGUUCCACUUUUAUGACGGCACUCUGAAGUCUUAUCAUAAUAGCUAAACAUUUCCUACAGGCUGGUUAUCAAUAGCUAACAGUAUAUGUUUAUGGGGAUCAAACCAAGAUAUGCGAUUGCAUAUGUUAUGAAUAAAGAGUCUAUAUUGUCAACUCCCAAUAAUACAUAUUGGUUUCUGUAUGUUUUAGAGGAUACUAUUGUGGUGGUCUAAUAUCUUUGCACGUUUACAUGUUUUGAUACUACUUCACUCCCUUUUUUUUUUUUUUCAAUAACAUUCGGUCUGUGUCAUUUUACUUUUAAUGUGGAGUAGAUGCCUAAAGUCCUGAAAUGUUUACUAUACAUUCACAAUUAUGAUAAUGUGUCUAUACACACUAGUCCCUUAGUUGUGGAUCACUACACAGUGUCACCCUCCACAUUUCUACCCCUUCAGUGGUAAAAUAAAAUAGUCCCUACAUUUUAAAUAAAAUAUUACUAAACUAUUGGAGAUAAAAGCUAUGCACAGCCCUCCUAAAUAUAUAUUUAGUAGCAACCUCUCAAAAGGUUUACCAUUUUAAUGUAAUUUGUGAACAUUAUAUUUAAAGACUUGUUUGUUCAUAUCAUUAAAGAGAACAGUUGCAGAUUGCUGGUUUGUCUAGUGUGAAUGCUUUUAUAGUCUUCCGUCAAACCUGGGCUCUCUUAUAAGGAGAUUCUGUAUAGCUAACGUUUGUCAUUUUCUGCAUAGUGAGCCUUAUGUUCUCUCCAUAUAGUGCCGUGUACCUUGUCAGACACAAGGAGACCCGGCAGCGUUUUGCCAUGAAGAAGAUCAACAAGCAGAACCUUAUCCUGCGUAACCAGAUCCAGCAAGUUUUUGUGGAGAGAGAUAUCCUAACAUUUGCAGAAAAUCCCUUUGUUGUCAGCAUGUUCUGUUCCUUCGAGACACGGCGACACCUCUGUAUGGUGAUGGAAUAUGUGGAAGGUAAAUGUGAAAUUCUGAUUGCAACAUUGUUCAGUUUUUUGACAUGGAACAACUCUGCAUUGCUCUGAUGGCUUCUUGCAAAAAUCAGACUACAGUUCUUCCUUAGCUGUGUUUUUUUGUUUUUCAUUAUUUGCUUGUGUUUUUCAAUAAGGAAAGCUAUUUAUGUCACAGUUUUUUGUGAUCAUUCCACUUCUUUUGUUUAAGCUUAUCUCAAUCUCCUUAAAAUAGGGUUAUAAGAAAGUUGAGCUAAGGACAUGCAAGUAAUUGGUUAUGCAUGAUGUGAUCUUAACCCAGAGCAGUUCUUCUUAAAGUUGAUGUAUCUUGAUUGGAAAAAUACAAAGCAUAACUUAUAGUCAGACUGUAAGCUUGUUUGAACAGGGCCCACAUGCAUUCUGUUCUUGUGUGCCUAACUUGUCAUUUUACAAAUACUUGUGUUAGUCCACCUAUUAUGCAGCGCUGCAGAAUUUGUUGGGGAUUUAUAAUUAAUAAUACAUGUAAUAGUACUUUAAGUUAAAAGUUCAGUUUAAAGGAAUACACUAGGGACUAUUACUGCUUUAUUUCAUCAACGUGGUUAUAGUGCAUAGAAUCCCCUGGUGAGGUCCUAGAUGCCUGCAGCCCUGAUCCCAAAUGGCUAAGGCUAAGAUUGCAUUCCACAAUAACCAUAAUACCUCGUACCAGAGAUGGGUAUCAGGAAUUGACUGUGAAGUUCUGUGAGGUGAAGUACCAAGAAUGCCGAUUAAAGCAACUUGUAGGAAACCCUUUAUUUGUUGUUUGUUUCAUUUGACAUAAACUGUUCACAGCGGAGUAAAAUGCUAUAUAUUGUUUGCUUAUAUCAGUGCUUGUCUUUUUUAUUUUUUUGUAGGAGGAGAUUGUGCCACUCUUCUUAAGAACAUGGGGCCACUGCCUGUUGACAUGACCCGAAUGUACUUUGCUGAAACCGUCCUUGCACUGGAAUACCUUCACAACUAUGGGAUUGUUCACAGAGACCUCAAACCAGACAAGUAUGCCCUUUUCUCCUGCUUUGGUUGGAACAAAAAAAGUAUGCACUGUGUGGUAGUGAUCUAUUAGUAUCUCAAGUUAUGCAAUAGUUUUUUUUUGUUUUCUCUCUCCUAUUUCCUGACACUAUCAGGGGUUCCAACUUCACACACACUGACUCACACUCACACACACACACUCACUCACACAGCUUUUCUAGCAGAUUUUGUAAGGUAGCACAUUAAACUAGAGCAGAAAAUAUGGGAAUUCUUAGAACGGGAAAAGGCUUAGAAAAAUCUCAAUAGCUGCCCUUCAGUUAGUGCACGCUCAUAUUUCAGACAGAUUUUGCUGACUUGUGUUAUUAUAGAAAGAACUGAACACAUUUGCAUAUUACACUGAUCCUGCCAAUAAAGGCAGUUCAGAUCCAAAAUGCAGUCAGGCAAGGACGCUGAUAGGAUCAAAAAACUGGUCUUGAGCUCAAAGUUAAUUUGGUUACCCCUUCCUAAGUAGAGGUCCCAGACCUCUACUUCAAUAAAACUCACAGUAAUGUUGGGGGGGGGGGUCAUUUUUAGCACAGUUUAACAGCAAUAAAAUUCACAGUAAUGUGCAGCCCUUAGACGCCACUCUAAACCAGUGGCAUGAUGUUCAAACUUGGUAUAAUACAUUAAUAUGAAUGUCUUCUUUAGUAUUUAGCAUAUCAAAUCGGACCGGAAAUUUUCUGGGGAUGCCCAUAUCCCCUAAAUAAGCACCUCCCCUAGAUCUCAUAAACCACAAUCACAUUACUGCAUUUCUACAGUGUGUCAUUGUGUGUAUUUUGGGAUGUAUUUCCUGGGCACUGGGUGUGUGAAUAUAGAGUGUAUUUCUAUAGAGUGUACUGUGUGAAUAUAGGGAUUUAUUUAUGAGUAGUGUCAGUGUGUGAUUGUGGGGGUUUAUUGAUAAGUAGUGUCAGUGUAUGAUACUCCUAAAUAAACACUCACAUUCAAUGUAUGAAUGUGGAGCAAUAGUGUGUAUAUUUUUUGUAGAGUGCAUGCCACCUAAAAUAUUAGAAGUAUACAUUUUAAUUAAAUCCGUUUUACCCUUUUCUUGUGCCAGUGUGUUUUCAGCAUCUACAGCAUUUUACAAUGAAGUUAAAUAUAUAAUGUAUGUAUCAAAUACGCACAAACAAGCCAUGUCUAAUAUAGAUUUAUUUUUUUGUAAUGUGGACCCCAUAUUUACAGAAUGACCAUUCUUCCAACAUAAGAUUCAAAUGAGAUAGCGUUCAACAUAUGCAUGUCGUGUAAUCCUUCUCGCUCUGUAUUAAAUCAUUAAUCUACUGGUUUUCUUGUAAAGAAUAAUGUGAACUCGCACUUACACAAUAUAAGAAUGUGUUUGAGAAUAGGACUGCUGCCCCUCAAUUGCAACAGCCCUUAAUUCACCUGAAUGCUCUUACAAAUUCACUCACUAAAACAGAGUUCAGCAAUUGUGCAAUGCAUGGCACUCGAGGUGCCUUUUCAAGGCACUCAAGGCUGCCUUAAACAAACAGAUUCUGGCUCUUCAGGAGUCCCAGUGGGACUUCAAAUAUCUGCUAGUGCAAACCGAGCGGUGAUUGCAGGUGGUGAGGGACAAUACUCAAUUUACGCAAUGCAACAUUUAGAGGAAGUGAUCUCUGACCACUUCCUCUCAGCAUUUGUGAAUGGGAGUAGACACUGGAGUAGAGCAGCCUGCAGCCGCUAUCGCAGCUCCUGCCCUUGACCUGUGCCUGGCCAGCCUGAUUACCACUGGACCCCAGAGAAGCCAACCACACUUCUAGAUAUAUACAGAGCUGCAGAAGCCUUCCCCUCAUACAAAUAAUACAAACAUCCCACAAACAAACACAACACACAGUCCCCACUUAACUGACCAUCCACAUACACGCACACAACUCCACAAGCACCUCUCACAUACAUACAAUGUGACAGACAUAUACACAAACCAUUCUACAAGCAGCCCCCAUACACAGCCCACAUUCAUAGGUAUCAUACACCACACCACAAACUACACAUGAACAUAUACAAUAUAGCAGCCCACAAACGCACAAAUACAAAGUUACAAAGCAAUUGUAGUUCCCAUAAAUAACACAAGCACAAUACGGCAACAUACACACCUCAUUAAAAAAAAAAAAAGAGAUCAGCACGCCAAGAGACUUCAAGAUCUUGUUUUGGCACAGUACACCUGCACUAAAGCACUGCUACAUGUUUGGGCUCUUUUUAAUAUCUGGAUGCUUGGGCUCUUUUCAAUAUCUGCACAUGCAGAGAAAUGCCUGCUUUUAUUUAAACGGACACUCAGUUGCCAAUGCUUUUUGGACUCACCUGAUAGAUUUUGACCUAUAAAGAUUUGAGCAUGCAUAAAAUAGGGCAUAUUUAUGAAGCCAAAAUCAAAUUCCUUUAAUUUACAUUGGUGCCCGGAGUGCCCCUUUAAUUAAUGACCCUAAUAUACUUCAUACAUUUGAGUUUAUGAAUUCUUAGACUGCAUUUCUUAUAAUAAAUGUUUUACAACAUUGUUCCAUAGUUGACCUCAAAUAUAAAAGUAUUAUUUAAGAUCUCAUCAUAUAUUUUGCAGACUCUCAUGGCAUUGUAUGAUGUCUUAAAUUUCUUUGCAGUUUGCUUAUCACUUCCUUAGGACAUAUAAAACUUACAGAUUUCGGCUUGUCAAAAAUCGGACUAAUGAACAUGACUACAAACCUGUAUGAAGGCCACAUUGAGAAGGACACAAGGGAAUUUCGAGACAAGCAGGUAAAAGCUGUUGAGUGAAAUAUUUGCCAUUAUAUAGUAUUAGUACUAGUAGCAUCUCCAUAACAUUCCUUAAAGGACCACUAUAGGCACCCAGAUUACUUCAGCUCAAUGAAGUGGUCUGGGUGCCAGAUCCAUCUAGGGUUAACCCUGCAGCUGUAAACAUAGCAGCUUUAGAGAAACUGCUAUGUUUACAUAUGGGUUAAUCCAGCCUCUAGUGGCUGUCUCAUUGACAGCUGCUAGAGGCACUUCUCACUGUGAUUUUUACAGUGAGAAGACACUGCCAUCCAUAGGAAAGUAUUGAGAAAUGCUUUCCUAUGGACUGAUUGACGUCGGGAGAGGGAGGAGAGUUCCCCAAUGCCAAGGGAGCCCAGCGCUGGUGAAAGGUAAGUGUUUAACCUCUUCCUCCCCCUUCAGCUCGGCAGGAAUGGGAACCUGAGGGAGGGGGGGACCUAAAUACCCUAUAGUGCCAGGAAAACAAGUUUGUUUUCCUGGCACUAUAGUGGUCCUUUAAUAAAACUGAUAACAUAUAAUUCAAGAAGCCAGUGUGAAUGUAUUAACUGUGUGGUGUUUUUUUUUUUUUAAAGAACUCAUCCAUCUAUUAUUAUUACCUAGCUUAAAGGUAGCCAUGCACCUUUACUGCUGACGCUCAUCUUUUCUUUUUUUUUUUUUUUUUUGCAAUCUCCACACAUUGUCUGUGGCAAUACUGCAAGGGUUAGCCCUUGUGUUUUGACGCAAAAAAAAUGCUCCAUAUGAAGUAGCGGGGUAAUCCUAUGGAAAAUGAGUAACUUCUAAUAAGAAUAGGGAAAUCUAAAAUGACAUAUUUAUCCCUUCCAUAUUAGGCAUAGUACCCUUAACAAUUUAGACAAGUAUUUAUAUUCUAAUUUGUAACAAUUGUUAGUUAAAUGUUUCACAAAAGUUUGCACUUUCUCAAAACGAUAAGGCGUUUUGCCACUUAUGCAUCUUACCACAGCUUUAUUAAUUCUAAUUUGUAUGUCAAAGUAUUGUGCAAGCACAAAAAAGUUAAAAUAAAAUGUUCUUGCCUUCAGGUUUGUGGAACGCCAGAAUACAUUGCACCAGAGGUUAUUCUACGCCAAGGUUAUGGAAAGCCUGUGGACUGGUGGGCAAUGGGCAUCAUUCUCUAUGAAUUCCUUGUGGGUUGUGUGCCAUUUUUUGGAGAUACCACUGAGGAGUUGUUUGGGCAGGUGAUCAGUGGUAUGUGUAUAAAGAAGUAUGAACAUGUUCAACAUCUAAUCAUCUAACUUUCUUACUUGUCUUUCUCUCCUGUAUUCUACCUUUAUUCUUGUUAUCUCAGUGUUGGGCAUGUUUGUUGUGUUAUAGAUAUGAUUAUCUGGCCUGGUGGAGAGGAAGCUCUUCCUGCUGAUACUCAGGAUCUCAUUACCCGAUUGCUUUGGCAGAACCCAAUGGAACGUCUUGGGACAGGUAUAACCUACACCUUUAAGAGCUAUAAUCCUAUGUUUUACAUAUUUAUUUUUAAAUCCAUUGCAGAUUUAAAUAAUCUCCUGAUAUACUUUCAUUCAUUUUAGAGUCUUGUGACUCAUUUAUGGGCUUGUGGAAUCAUAAUUUAAAAAAUAUAUAUAUUAUUUAAUUGCUUCUACAUUUAAUCUGCUUAUUCACUGUCUUUACGACCCAAUUUCUCACUUUGAAUAAUUCAUAUUGGAUACAGUGCUUAUAUUGGAAUUUACAAAAGUGCUACAGUACAAACUGCAUGCAGCAUCUAAGCUCAUUUGCGCAGGACCCUCAACACACACUGUUCCUGUGAGUCCAACUCGUCUUGUUGCAAAUACUUUUCUGUUAUUUUACCGAUUGUACAGUGUUUUUCAAUUUGUUGGUGCUUCGUAAAUAAUAAUAUACAGUGGAAAGUGCAUUUAACAAAAUUGUUAUAAAAUAAAGUAUGUACACAAGAAGUAGAAUACAGGCGCUAGUAAUAGAUGUCUAAAACAAUAAAGAUAAAUACCAAGAAAUGUUACAGUUAAAAGAAGCUGCACCAAAAUAGGUGUAAAGCUCCAACAAACACUCAUAAAAUACAAAAACUCAAAAUUAAGGUGUGCUGUGUCUUUAAGACCAAAUUUAUAAAAUACCACAAGUGCAAGAUAUAGUAAAGUGCAAAGUGAUAUAAAGUGCACUCUGUGUAUAGUGAAAAUACCAUAUAAGAUUUACUUAUACAUAUAUAUAUAUAUAUAUGCGUCCUCUCCAAGUAUCAUAACCAUGUGGAAGGGAGAGACACAAAAAAACAAUAGUGUAAACCCGUUAAAAGAAACCAAUAUUGGUAAAAUGAAAUGAAGUAUACACUCACAAAGAUAGAGCAGAGAAAGCCUGCUCUAACUAUGUCAGCUUCUUCAAAUGUUCCCUCUUGGGAAAAUGACUGCACGGACUAGACGAUCCACUUCACAUAUUUAUUGCACAACACAGCACAGGUACAGAUAGUCCUCCUUCCUCUAUAUCUAGUAUACGUCCAAGUAUUAAAAGCCGUUCACACAUAGGGGUGUUGACCAGUCCCUCUGUGUUCAGCCGAUACUGCCGCAAGCACAAACUUCCAAAGGUGCAUGGUCAACGUGAUGACGCGUUUCGCUGUAUUCACGGCUUCAUCAGAUCUUAAAAUAAAGUGCAAAUACAAAACCACCAAGAGAAAUGUGAUACACAGUCUGGAACUUUUUCAAUAUCCUACGAUCCUUUUGUAGCUUUAUAUUUCAUAGUGUUGUUUAAUGUGUUAAGACACAUUGUGACACAUAAGGAUAAGGGUAUACAUUUGUAAAUAAUUUAUAUAUCCUUGAUUUAACUUGCAUUAUUUUGUAUGCAACACUACCAUUAAAGUCUACUAUUACCAUUUAUUCACAAUAGAAGUGAGACUUCUAACUGUGGGAAUAUCUCCUUUACUUUGCUUUGUUAAUGUCUGUGAUAUAUUGUAAGUCAAGCCCUUUCUCCAGUACUACUGUUGACACACUACUGUUCGCCUGGCCCCUGUUGACACACAGAUCUGUAUAACUGAGAGUCAGUUAUUUAUAUAUUUAUUUGUAAAUCACAAUACCUCAAUGAAUUAGACAGAUCAAACAAAUUGUCUAUAUUCUCUGUAGGACAUACUACGAAAGAGGAAUUUCAAUGUAUCCUCUCCAGUAACACGUUUAUAAAAAAAAAUAUGAAUAAAUAUAUCAUCCUGGUUACUACGGCGAUCACCUGCUAAAUAAUUCUUAGUACUACCUAUACUUGAAAAAUAGAUUUGCCAGCUUUCAAACAAGUUCACUUACAGAUCUCUAAUUAUAGGAGUUAUAUAGUUAUAAACUUCUUUAUAAACCUAGCAGUAUUAGAGAAACUGCUAUGUUUAUAAUAGGGUUAAUCCAGCCUCUAGUGGCUGUCUCUUGACAGCCGCUAAAGGCGCUUGCGUGCUUCUCACUGUGAAAAUCACAGUGAGAAGACGCCAGUGUCCAUAGGAAAGCAUUGCAAAUGCUUUCCUAUGAACUGGCUGAAUGUGCAUUCAGCCGAUGAUGUCGCUAUGGAGGAGGAGGAGAGCUCCCUGCCCGGCGCUGGAGAAAGGUAAGAUUUUAACCCCUUCCUCUCCCCAGCUCUCCCUUUGAACUUUACAUUGACUUGCAGGUAUGUUUAUACUAGUAGUAUUCAUUAGUUUACUAGGGACAGUGUUCCAAAUGUGUAAACCCUCACACACUUAAAGGGUUACCACAAGCACCAUGACCACUUCACUUAUUUGAACUGGUCAUGGUGCCUGGAGUCUGUAUGUGCAGAGUUUUUGCUAUGAAAUGCUGCAAAUACAAACUCCAGGAACUCUCGGUUUACCCCUUUGCUACACCUCAAACCAUGUCAUUUCAGCGUCAGUAGCCAGCUCCCUUGUGCCACCCUGGGCUGACCUUUGCCUUCAUUCAAACCAGGGGUUGGGGUAGGGGCAGCAUAACUGCUCACUCACUGCCAUGGUUAAGUCUUUAUCCACUUCUUUGAAUAAAAACCAUUGGGAGAUCUUUACAAUGUCCCCCCUUUUCAAAAUAUAUUCCCCAAAUCCUAAACAAGGAAUUGUCCGUAUGAGUUGAACAGGCCGAUAAACCAAAAUUUCCUUUUGUGCUGCAGUUUAAAUCUUAAAUCUUCCUUUUUCUUUCCCGUGGAUUAACAUGUCAGUCACAGAAAAGAAGCAGUCAACCAUGUAAGUCUGAGGUUUAAGUUUGAUUUGAUUUCCAUAGUGCUAUACAUAAGGCAUAAUUAUACAAUAACAGUGAUACACACUCAGUGCAUUUUAUUAACAGAUGAUGGUGUUAACAUUGCCUUUUCUGAAAAGCCUUGUUUGUCUCUUUGUAGGAGGGGCACACGAGGUAAAGCAGCACACAUUCUUUCACUCUCUGGACUGGAAUAGCCUCCUCAGGCAGAAAGCAGAAUUUGUUCCACAACUGGAUGCAGAAGAUGACACCAGCUACUUUGACAGUAAGGGAGCAAUCCGAGAGAUUGAUAUUUUGCAUGUCCCAUUUAUGCAGUCAUUUAUAUGGGCAAGGUUUAUUACAUUAACUGCAGUGCUAAACUAACAUGAGUCUCAAGCUGUCCUCAGAACAGCAUUUUGAUAAACCUCUGCCACGCUCUUGAUGUGUUUCAUUGGUAGAGUAAUAUAGAAGUUGAGUCAUCCAUCUGUUUUUUUCAAUAAUACUUCUCACACCAUUGUGACAUUUAGCGUUGCUCUUUUCUUCUUUUUCUAGCCCGUUCAGAGCGUUAUCAUCACUUGGCAUCUGAAGAUGAUGAGUCAAAAGAUGAGGAGUCUUCAGUGGAAAUCCGUCAGUUCUCCUCUUGUUCUCACAGAUUCAGUAAGGUAUGGAGCCUGCACUGACGAGAAUAUGAACUAAUGGGUCCCUUUUCUUGUUUUUGUUUUAACAUUUAUUUUAUUUAUAUUAUUUGUGAAUACAUUAUCGGUUUUAAAGGCAAGUACUGGAAAAGUAAUACAUGGUAUUAACUACCUAACCUGCGGUAGAGGGAGAUGGUAGAGGAACCAAUAAUGUGAGAAGUGAUGGGCUAUUUGACCCAGUAUAACAAAAGCUUGACAAGGAAAGGUCCCUGCACAGGAAACGCAUGAAUUGAUCUGUUUGGAUGUUAAUGUAUAUCAAAGUCCCAUAGAGGGGUAAAUCAGUUGUUUCCAGAUGAGAUGCUUAGCUAUGUUUAAUGUUUCAAUUUUGAGCGAUUUCUCAUAUAUAGAGGAUCAGGCGCUUGUGUGAUAUAGUUACAUCGGAAGAUUGGUGGGGAGUCUGAAUUAUUUGAUAAUUUUGUGUAACCAAUAUGAUUGUAUUAGUGGUACUCCCAACAUAGAAUUUAGAUCUAUCGAGUGCAAGAAAGGCAUUAAAAAAAAAAAAAAAAAAAAUCCUUUGUAGGUUUUUUUGUAUUUUACUUACUAGGAUAAGUUAGGAUGCAAAUCAUUCACCCACAAAUGAUUAUGGUAUUGACAGAGCCAUUAAAAUCUCUGUCAAAUAAUUCCAUUCAAAAUAGUUAAGCUUUGUCUGGUAAAUUUGCAGUGUGGCAGAGGUAUUAUUGGUUAAUUGUCAGUAAUUAAAGCAUUGUAGAAAGUGUAACAUCCCCUGUUUGUAAAAGUAACAAUGUACAGAGUCGCAAAUGUCAAUAAAAACUUUGAGGUCUUAGACAGGAAGGAAAUAAGUGGUAAUGCUUGAAUGGAAGGGAAAGUUUAGAAGUUGUAUUUCUGAGCCAAUGGAGGUCAAUUAUUAGCUUUUCCUUGUAUACGAUUUUGUACUAGAUUCCUACUACUGUGAAAUGUGAGCCAAGUGAUUGGAUCUUAACAUUUGAUUUCUUUAUCGCUUUUCAUCUUUUAUGGAUCCCCUCUUUUGUUAAUUACACAACUUGCAAGAUAUGGCAAGUGUAGUAGUAGGUCUUAAAAAACUGGGACUGCAAGUCCUUCAGGGUUUUAGGUAAGGCGAACUGUUUGAAUUUUUUUCUGGGUCUCCCAUCCCAAAACUUGGAUACUAUUCUCCUCCCUACUAAUUUCCUAAAAUAACUUAUUUUUAUUUCGUUUGCCUGAUUAUGCAGUGUUUAAUUUUUUGUUAAUUUCUUGCUGUGUCUAUUUCGUGCUAGUGCCUACAGCUUUUUUGCGCGCGCGCGUGCGUGUGUGUGCGUGAUUAAAGUUUAACAGUUCUUAUAUAUUGCAUCCUUAUGCAGAGUGUUUUACAAUUUAUGAAAACAGAGCAUUUGUAAUUAUACAGAAUAUAGAGGCAAUAUAAACAAAUUCAUACAAAGCGAAAAGAGUACCUGCCCAUGAGCUUACAAUCUAGCAAAAAUGAGCCAGGGUAGAUGUGGUUAGGGCUACAUAAACCAAGUUACUUAACUGCUAAAAGUUGUUUUGGUACUUGUGGUAUUCCUUUUUAUAGUCCUGAAAUGUAUCCUGGAGCCUGGAAUAGAUCUUUAAUAUGUUAUUAUAGGUGUACUGUAGCUCUGAGCAUCUUGCUACACCUAUCAACCUCAGCUUCUCCUCCACUGAAAGAAGCCACAGCGAUGAUAAAGAGGAAAAAGUGGAGACAUGGGAAAGGACUGCAUAUGGAGAAGAGGAGAAAAUCCGGGCCGCCCAGGAGACCAGGUAUGGUUGAACCUACUGUAAUGCUACAAUAGCCAGUCCUGCCUAAUUAAUUUGUAAACAGACCAGUUUAAGCUAUGAUUACCAAACGGGGCUGACUUUUAGGAUGUAUGACUGCAUAGGUCUCUCUGUUAGGACAGAGCUUGUAUGAAUGUAUCAAUGCUUAUAGUGGCAUAGGUGCAAGAAUGAAAAGUAAGUCUCAACUGCAAGUUGGAGUACAUUGUCUUUUUCAAUACUAGGAAGUCACAAGUUGCACUUACCCCAUUUAGAAGGAUACAGUAAGCAAUAAAUCUAAUACAUCUUCAUAUAAUUUUGGUGCUUAGAUGCAGUCUAUUUUGGACACUGUAAAACUGUCAGACUGACGUUGACUCAUGCCUCUUCCUUCUACAUGUUCGGUGCAAUCGCACACAGUGUGAUGAUAAAUGCAGCUUAUCCUAUAGAGGCACUGGAUUAUGUUUCUCCAUAAAAAAAAAAAAAUUGAUUCGCUGAUUGUAGCAUAUUUUGUCUAUGUCCUCAAUGCUAAUGCUAUAAGCAGCAUUGGAUGGGAUAGAUGAUCGAUACUGAUAAUCUCCCUGAUUUGGUUGGGUAGAUGCUGUGAAGAGACUCUUGCAGAGAUCCCAGAGUACAGUUAACCCCUUAAGGACACAUGACGGAAAUAUUCCGUCAUGAUUCCCUUUUAUUAAAGAAGUUGUGUCCUUAAGGGGUUAAGUUUUAUGGCUAGGGCUGUAUAAACAAAGCAUUUUAACUGCUAAAUCUCAGAAAAUUUAACUCUGAGACUGCAGUGACAUGGACUGUACACCACAACAACGUAUGUAAGCUGAAGUUACGCUCCUGCUUAGAGUUUCCCAUUAAAACGAAACUCUGACUUCCUAGGAUUUUUAAUAUUGCAUUUAAUUAUCCCUAUAUUAAAUAUAUAUAUUUACACCUCCUUAUCCCGUAACUCGGUGCCACAAUCUUUUGCUCCCUGUCCAUUUUUGCUUUGUUUUUGUUGAAUUAUAAUUCCUCUUCAAGGUGCACGCAAAUGUGCUCCUUUUUUAUUUGAAAGGUGUAAAGGGACACAGACAAAUCCUUCGUUUGAUAUUAAUGAUCAACGUAUUCUGUGAAUGUUACGAAUAGAGGUCGAUGUGAUCUUGAUGACGACCUUGUUUUAAAUUUUCAUUGCACGUGUUUUCAUUUAUGUGAUGAUUCAAUAGAUUGCCCUAUUUAUUUGUGUGAGGGUAGAUUUAUAACCCACCAAUGUUUAUUGUUAAUAGAUUCCUCGUAAAUCUCAAAUAUUGCCUAUGGUUUUGUUUUUCCUUUCAAAAUGGAGAUUUAAAAAAGUUCAGUAAUUGUCUUUGUGUUUGCCAUGCAGAUUGAGGUCCUGGACAUCUUCUAGCUCCUCCUACCACUCAUGGUUGAGUGAAUUUAGAGCGAGUCCCGGUCUUUUGACAAGCACUUGUAGUCUGGAUACCAUGCCCAAGUUCGCCUUUUCAUCUGAAGAUGAAACCUCGGACCACAAAACAGAGAGAACAAGCUUUGGGGAAGUAGAAAAGUCACCUUUCAAGGCCACAUCAUUGUGUGGUAAGCAUCACAGAAAAUGUUGUGUAGCAUGCUUGGUUUCACAAAAGAUGUAUUUUUAUUUACUCAUUUCAUGUUGUUUCCUUACCCCUUCUAGGGUCAAUAUCGGGUUUUCAAAUUUCAUUACAUACCUGGGACAGGGAGGCUUGGAGUUGUAGAUAGUCAAUGCCCUCCGCCUCCCCUUUAAAUAAAAUUCACACACAAUGUCCUUGUCCUUUUACAAAAUUAAUGCUUUCAUAACUGUAUUAGACAGUGGUGAAUGGGUUCCAGUUUUCUGUCCCUUACUGUGAUUAAACAAUAUAGCCUGCUGUAGUCAGACUAGAUUUACGAUAAGGCCACUGAGAGCAUUGUCUCUGGGUGUUACGGCUGGUAGGGGAGAUCCCUCACCAGCCAGCCUAUUCUCAUGCCGGCCAGCCUGCAUGAGAUGGAGAUACUGACCUGCUUCUUACAAAACGAAGAGAGUACCCUGUCCGUGAGCUUACAAUCUAGCAAAAAUGAGCAGGAGAAAGAGCAGGAGUUAAGCCAGGGGAGAUAUGGUUAGGGCUAAAUAAACCAAGUUACUUAAUUAUUUCUUCCCCUUCCCAUCAGGCUGCUGAUUCGCUGUACGAAUCUAGGGAAAGCAGGCAGAAAUAUCACUGUCUUAACACUUGCACAUCCUACUCCAUACAUGUAAGGAAGGGAAAGGGGCCCAUAAAGAAGGCAAUGCAAGCAAGCGCAAUUGCCUUCCCCUACACUACACUACACUACCCUUCUUGCUUUCCAUUCCAGCUAGGGGCAGUGCCAGCCCCAAGCCAGCCCAGCAGCAACCUUUGCCCAGCCCAUUGGCAAGCCACCAGUACCUGCCAAGGUCAGAGUGAGCAUUACGCGGGUCAGUGUGUGUGUGUGUGUGUGUGGGUGCGUCUGCGCCGGUCAGUGUGUGUGUGCGUGCGCGCGCAUCUGGGCGGGUCAGAGUGCGUCUGCACGGGUCAGUGCGUGCCUUCACAAAAGCCAAACUAUAUUUAAAAAAUAAAUACAAAUACAUUAUAAUUGUGUUGCAGUAUCAUGAUUGUGUAUAUUAUUUAUUUGUUAUAUAUAUAUAUUAUACGCAAACUAUAAAUUGACUGUUAAUAUACAUAUAUAAAUGAAGGGACUGCAAGUCGCAUACUGAAGAAACUGUCCUUUGGGUAGCAAGGAGGGUAAAUCCGGCCCUGGCUGUAGUUAUGGUGCUAGGAGUGCCUUUGCACCAUCCCACAGUAAGAUAUCAAACUGUUUUAGUACAGAUUGAAAACUUAAGUGGGUCCCGCCAAGCACCAUUCAGUCUUCUCCAGCAAAAGAACAUGGAUUGCUCUAUAGUGCUAAAGAGCGCCAUGCAGGACCACAUUUAAGUCUAAAGAGACAUCUGACUAUCCCUGCAAGAGAAGACUGGAUGCAGAGGAUGGAACUGCAGAUGCCAAGCAGGAUCCCAGUAAGUUGUCAAACCAUAUGAAAACGGUUUGAUAUCUUACUUGGGAUAGUGCCAGAGCACUAUUUGUAAAAUUGGAUUAUACUUGGUGUUCUGUUGCCCCAAAGGAAAAAAAAUCAAGGGUAUACACAAGGGUCAUUACUGUACUCUAUGAAAAUGGCAAAAAGCAAAUAUGGGGAAAGUAUUUUUUAUUAUACAUUUGUAAACCUUUUGCAAUGUUAUGUUUGCAUGUGUUCAAAAUAAAAAAAAUACCUGAUAUAUUUCCAGAGAGAGUUGAUAAAACAGGUGCAUUACAAGAUAUAAAAAAAGACCGUUUUACAUAUGUAUCCUUUUGACUAUAAGUAUUUUGUGUUUGAUGAGCACUAUUAAACUUAGAUAUCCAAUAUAUCACAAUUUAAAAACCUUUAGCUUUAAAAGUUUGCUAUAUAACUUGAAACUGUAAAAAGUGAAAAUGCUGGUUAUAAGAGUUAUUCCCAAAAUCAGAACAAAUAGAUUUGCAAAGAUCCCCGAUGGUGACAAAAAUGCUGGGGCUGUGUGGUGGUCGGUGGGCAGGCAAAGGUGAGUUCUAUUUAUCUCUACCUCAACCUCGAGUAAACACCGCCGGUCUACUUAAACAUGUGCGAGAGUAUAGCAUUGAGGUCUAUGAAGGAUCCCAUGAGACCACUGGAUUCUCCAUAGAAAAAGCCAAUUUCUUGUGGGAGGAUGACGCUUCAGGGAUGUUUUAGUUGCGAGGCAAACAAGGCAUUUGCCUUGGGUGGCAUUUUCCAGGGGGCAGCAAAAAAAGCCGCCCCCAAAUGCCCAGGGCAAAUGCUUGUUAGCCUUGCGGCUGACAUGCUGGGUGGGCGGGCGGCUGGCUGGCUGGCGAGGGAGCACUUCCUCUGAGCUGUCUGCUCAGCUCCCUCGCGCGCCACAGAGUGAGGCUGGGAGCCGGAAUAUGAUGUCAUUCCGGUUCCCGGCAUCACUCUGCGGCGUGCGAGGGAGCUGAGCAGACAGCUCAGAGGAAGUGCUCCCUCGCCAGCGCCGCCCGCCCAUCAGCCACUGCACCCCCAGGAAGAGAGGGUAAGGAGGCUGGAGGGGGGGGUGGGGUUAAAUAAAAAAAUGUGUUAAUGUGAGUGUGUGUGUCUCUGUUGGUGUGUGUCUCUGUUGGUGGGUGUGUGUGUGUGCCUGUCGGUGGGUGGGUGUGUGUGUUGUGUCUGUGUGUGUAUUUAGAAGGCGGGGCGGGGGGAAGGGUUGGGUGGGAGUGGCGGGGGAGAAGGGGGGCGCCUGAGUUUUGUCCUGCCUAGGGCAGCACAAAAUUAGGAUACACCACUGCUUCAAGGUAUGGUAUAGGUAGAGGUUUAAUAAGACACUGGAAUGUAUUAACUAAGUGCCAAUAUUUAGCUUUCAUUCAUAUUAAUUUAUCUUUAGUAAUUCUAGUAAUAUUCUCCUGAGAUUCACUUUUUCCCCCCACUAUCAACCAAACUGAGUCCACAGUGAGCUAAAUGGGUCUUUGUUAAUUUCAAAUUGAUCUUAUUGCUGCACUGAUAUUUGUUUGAAAACAUCUCAGAAGAAUUGUAACCAAAUGGGUUAAAUAUAAUUGAAACAGACAAAUUGUAAUGCUCACAAAGGAGAGAGUUACAAAGAAAUGAAUUCAUUACACUGUAGCUUAUGUUUAGCACUAGUACUAUUUAAUUUAUCUCCCACAUUUUUGUUAUUAGCGUAGGACCCACUGAUAUUGGGGUACUUUGAAGUAGUAGUGGGCUUAACAUCAUAUGGCCAUAUGGUGGAACUAAAUCCCCAUAUUUAUUCUUAGAUAGGCGUUAGCCUUCUUAGUUAUUUAUUUACAAGUCUGAGUGCGCCGUAACUAGUUUUUUAAAUUGUAAUGCUCAAACAUAAUUCAGUUGCUCUUUUCAUUAACUUUUUGCCAGAACCACGUUAUGACUCCUAUAGUUCUAAACCAAACCCAAAACGAAUUUUUUUUUUUUUUUUAUAAAGUAAAGAUUAAAAAAGAGAAACUUUUCCUUUCAAGGAACACUGUCAUUAGGAGUACAAACCUAUGUCUGCUGUUUCUCCUGUUUCUCCUGCCCUAUGAGUUUUGCUUACCUUUCAGCCCUUGCUGCGCCGAUCUCUGUGCGGAAGCUCUGCAUUAUGUAAAACCAGCAUUUUGUUUAACCCCUUAAGGACACAUGACAUGUCAUGAUUCCAUUUUAUUUCAGAAGUUUGGUACUUAAGGGGUUAAAAAUAGGAGGCAACCCUAACUGAGUUAAUACAUUUGCCUCCCAAGGAAUACAUUGUAAUCACCAUAGAAUGUCACUUUCAAGCACUGCAUUAUUUCUUUACUAUUGUCUCUGUACUGUCUUCUUGUCUACCACUACAUACAUUAAUGUACACUCUGUGCAUCUGCCGUACAGCUGGAAUUGCAUCAGGUUUUUAAAGACCUAUGUAUACAUUGCCUAUACUACCUACCUAUACGUUUUAUCCGUCUACCUGCCAGUGGAACAGCGGCACUUAACCUUUUGUUCUUUUUAUUGUUUAUUUAUGAACAUGUUGAAGUUUCAAGCUUUAUUUAAACUAAUUUGGAGCUUUUGCAAACCAGUGUUAAUAUACAAGGACAGCGUGUUUUUACAAAGCAUUGUAAAAGGCUUUACGGUCAAGCCUGUUUUUGUAUCCGUAUAAAAGGAUCAUCUUUAUAGCGUCUUGGUCAGCAUUUUUGAAAAAGGAAAAAAUGCAUCCACAUCUCUUUUUCCAUUUAGGUACAAAAAGGCAUUGUAUAUAUGCCACUUACUGUUUGUAUUCCAAUCUUAUAUUGUUCUUUCUCUUAAUCCCGUAGCAGAUAUUAUGAGUCUGAGUAGGACGCGCCUGCGAAGUAACAGUACUGGUGCAAAGAAUUCCACUCCCCAUUCCCUGGAACCAGGUAUUGGGCUCCGUUUGCGUAAAAAAGAGACACCUGAAAAACAGAGUUCUCCCCCAAGAAACAGAGUCCCUAAAUCUGCCUCUGUUUCUGCCUUGUCAUUAAUCAUUACUUCUGGUGAGCUUUUAUUUUACUCUUAUAAUCAAACAGAUCAUUUGAUUAUAUCUGUGUUUAAUGUUUUGUUGAUUUUUGGAAACGCUUGCUUCAGAAUAAUUAAUAUAUUAAACAAAUCUAAUCUAAAAGUCUAAUUAAUUGCACAAUAGAAAACUGAUUUCAUAUGAUUUGAUUUCUGUAAUUUCUCCAUUUAGUAAAUAUUGACAUCUUUGUUUUGAAAAUUUUAUUUUCAUAUAUUGUGAUUUUUUUAUUUAUUUUUUUUAUUUUUUUUAGUGUGUGUGUAUGUAUGUAUUUGUGUGUGUGUGUGUGUGUAAAACAAGGGUUUGGCUGCACUCACCUAAAUAAAUAUAUAUAUAUAUAUAUAUAUAUAUAUAUAUAUAUAUAUAUAUAUAUAUAUAUAUAUAUAUAUAUGUGUGUAUGUAUAAAUAUAUAUAUAUACUAGAGUAUAAGUCAAGACCCCUAAUUUUACCCUAAAAGAACUGGGAAAACUUAUUGACUUGAGUAUAACACUAGGGUGGGAAAUGCAGCAGCUACUGGUAAAUUUCUAAAUAAAAUUAAAUCCCAAACAAAUUAUAUUUAUUGAAUAUUUAUUUACAGUGUUUGUGUGUAUAUAAUGCAGUGUGUGUGUGUGACGCAGAGCCUUGGUGGGGGGUGGGCAUUUUUAUUAUUUUUUUUUUUUUAGUUAUUACUAAUAUUUUUAUUUUAUUUUAAUAGUAUUUAAAUUUUUAUUUAUUUUCGUCCCCACUCCCUGCUUGUUAGCUGGCCAGGGAGGGGGGGCUCUCAUUCCCUGGUGGUUCAGUGGCAUGAGUUGUUCAGUUGGGGGGCUGGCAGCGAGCUGUAACUUACCUUUCCUGCUGCUCCUGUCAGCUCCCUUCUCCUUCGUGCCGGUCAGCUCCCUUCUCCUCCACUGUAAGUCUCGCGGUGUGACUGCCGCGGUAACCCGUGGCAACGCUCUGACCCCACGGCUAUCGCAAGACUUACAGUGGAGGAGAAGGGAGCUGACAGGGGCUGCAGGAAAGGUAAGUUACAGCUCGCUGCCAGCCCCCAACAGGACCACCGGGCUUGUAAUGAGUCCGGCGGUCCUGGUCUGUAUUAUGGCAAUGUAAGUUGCCAUAAUACAGACAUUGACUCGAGUAUAAGUCGAGUGGGGCUUUUUCAGCACACAAAAAUGUGCUGAAAAACUCGACUUACUCGAGUAUAUACGGUAUAUUAAAAUUUCUAUUUUUGAAAGUAUUCUUACUUUACAGCAGUUUUUUAACACUUGCUUAAAGUGUGUGUGUGUAUGUAUGUAUCUUUCGAUACUCUGCACUUGAGGGUUAAAAAUUAAGCAGUUACAGUCCCUUAUGUAUCCCUUUAAUGUUUCUGAAUGAGUAGAGUUUUUCAGCUGUGUAGAGUAGUCCUUUAGUUAUUAUUUAGUGAUUAGUUAAAGUUUAGCAGGGAUAGGUAUAAGUGGAAAACUUAAUGACCUGCCAUCUUUUCACAGAUGACUUUGGCAGUGGAUCAAUGGUGAGUCCUGUUUCACCACGCUCCCUCUCAUCCAACCCAUCCUCACGGGACUCUUCCCCAAGUCGAGAUACAACAGUAGCUGUGACCAGCCUGCGUCCACCUAUAAUUAUCCAUAGCUCUGGGAAGAAGUAUGGAUUCACUUUGCGUGCCAUCCGUGUUUACAUGGGGGAGAGUGAUGUGUAUACUGUUCAUCACAUGGUGUGGGUAAGUAAGAAAAGAUUUGGUUUUCUUUUGGGGAAGAUUUAAAAGAACAUUCAAUUCACCAUAACCACAGCAGCACACUGUAGCGAUUACUCUGCAAAAAGUGCCUGCGGUCCGCCGAGUGCCGCUCUCUACCUCCAUACUGUUGACGGAGAGCCAGAAGGUCCUAAGUUGCAGGGCUAACUCAUUAAUUCAUUGUUUGCUCUCAGCCAAUGAGCUAAACACUAUUGUUUUCUCUGUCAGAAGUAGUGAAGGCAGGGAGCUGCACUUAGUGCUCCUCAGAUAAGAAGUUAAGCCACUCUAAAACAGUUUGGCUUCUUACUAUUGAAGGGCACUGAAGUGGUUAUGGUGCUUGGACUGUUCAUUUAAGGGUUAUUCACAGCUUCUUUGUUCUUUCAGAGUGUGGAGGAUGGAGGUCCUGCCCACAAGGCUGGGCUGAAAACUGGAGACCUGAUUACGCACAUAAAUGGAGAGUCUGUGCUUGGGCUUGUGCACAUGGAUGUAGUUGAGCUGUUGUUAAAGGUACAUAUGUGUAUGUAAUGUGUAUGUAAUAUUUACACUAUGUAUUUAAUGAGAUACUGUCACUCCCUCUGUUUUAGCACAACCUAAUAGCUAUAGACUUUUUUGGUAGUAUUUUGCUUUUACAUUUUUUGCUGGCAAAAUUGGGUAUAAUAUGCAAAUUUGUUAACUCUCGCAGUGCUGUUCACGUAGUACAUGAGCUUCUACAACACUGCUGGUAAAAAAAUGUAAGUGUGCAUGUGCACAUAUCGCAAUUUUCCUUUAUAAGUCCAUGCACAAACCUGAGGAAUUUGUUUUUUUAAACUUAAAGGGACACUAUUGUCACUAGGACACUAUUCUCUGAAUGGACAGUUACUUUUAAAUGCAACAAUUACAUGUCAUAAAUUCUGAUUAUUUACUAAUCUAAUAGUAAAGUUUAUAACUGCCAAAUAUAUGCACACAUUUAAACUAGUUUAGAAUGUUGGUUAUCUCCUCAAACAUACCCAGUAAUAUGUUUAUAUGCUAUAGUCAUAUUUUCACAGUAGUACAGUCAUAUUCACUAAAUUGGUAAAAGUAUAAUACAUCUUUAUUGCAGCUUUCUUUCACAAAAAAUGUAAAUUUUCCAUCAUUAUUUUUCACUUUUAACGAUUAUAUGGCCUCACUUAGUGUAUUCAACUAAGCUUCCCCCAUCUACCGUUUACUUUGAAGUAAAACAUUCAACUCUUAGCUGUAAAAAUGUUUUAUUAGAUUUAAAAAUGCUAAUAAAAAUAAUGUUGAUUUGCCCCCAGUCCUAACUAAAACAAAAAAUCAUAAUAUUUUAUUGUACUCAAUAUAUUCUAAUGCAAAGAUAUAUUACAUUCCCAACCUAGGAGGAUUUAUGGUGAAAGCUAAUCAUGGAUUAUUAAGCCCCCAUUUAAAUACAGUCUAAAGGCAUCAACCAAUAAUCUAAUACCCUUUAGAAUCCUUGGAUGAACAGUAACAUCACAAAAAAACCAUGAAUACAAAAUAGUGCAAUUGGAUGCAAAUAUUUUGAGAGGUCGUCAAAGUAUCUCCAAGGUUAUGUAAUAGUAUAUAUAAAACAAAAUACUAUGUGUAAAACCAAAACAAUAUGCAAAAUAGGAGACAUUUCAAACUUUAUUACAUAGUAUGGGCAAUAGAAUCCCUAUCUGGGGAUAUUAUUAGCUUUUUGGAAUCCCCAAUAUGAAAUAUUGUGGCCCUAUCAUCAAAUUAUCAAAAGUAGAUGGGCUACAAAAGCAGAAACUGAAUAUCCAGCUUGAAGAAAGCAUCUAUAGUCUGUUUUAUCCCAUGAUUGAUUUGUUUAACUGAUAUUGUAUGUGACACCUUUCUUUUCAUUCUUUUGCAUCUUGUGAAAAUUUCUUAAGAUUGUCCAAAAAAAAAAAAAAAUGAUGGCAUAAAGGGAUAUGUCUCCCUAAAUAUAUGUAAAAUGUAAGACUUUCUUUGCAUAAAGACGUAUGGAAAACGAAAAAUCUCAGUAGUUUUAGAUGGAACAUAUAGCAGGAAUUUAUUAACCCCUGUGAUUGAAUAUUGAGUGCCCUAGGUGGUAUAAUCUCGACUACAGCAUUUCAGACACCAGUACAAUUUCCAGAAGCCAUUGCAGAGAUAUAGAAUAUAACAAGCCAAACUUUUAUUGCAAAGAGAAAUGUAUAAAUGAAAUCCUUAAAAUUUUAUACAAAAAAAAUUAAAGCAAUGAUAUAGAGCAUUCCAUGCUGUGUGUUUUAUCAGAGUGUAGAAAGUAAGAUUUUGCUAAUUUUUCACGCAUAUCUAGUCUCACAAUGUUUCAUGAUGUCAUUGUGUUCAUCUUGUUGUAUUCAUUUCCUGUACUAGUCUUGCAAGUCUAAUCCUACACCACCUUUGAAAUAGGUCUUUUUUUUUUCGAGGGGAACAUUAUAUAGAGUAGAAUGUGAUUUUUGCACUAAGAGGCAAAUUAUACAGAACUCUCACUGAAUGGACACAUGAUGAUUGUGAUGAACUACAUGACAAUAGUGUCUCAAAACCAGGUGACCUAUGAACAAUUUUGGCUCCAAAUUAGUUUCCGAAAUUUCUUUUAAUUAAACCACCAUUUGUGUGUUUGUUUUUUUUACUUCCCUACAGAGUGGCAAUAAAGUUUCACUGAGAGCAACUCCCCUAGAAAAUACAUCAAUAAAGAGCGGGCCAGCCAGGAAAAACAGCUGCAAGGGUCGCAUGGCAAAGAGGUCAAAAAAGAACCGGAAACGGGAUAAUCAGGACAGGUAUUGAUCAAAGAUAAGUGGAAGCAUUACAGCUGCACUGGGAAAAAUGCUCACACAAUCACUUAUGUCAAAUAUGAAUGCAGAGGCCAGUUAAGUUGUAGUAAGCACAAAAGGUCUGUGUGGAACUUCCUGAGAAACAUUUAGCCUGUGGUUUUGCACGUUUCGUUAAAGGAUAGGGCUCAAUUAGUGUACAACAAGAGUUCUGCUGUGUAGCAGACGUUUUUAAAUACAUUUAUUAAUUUGUUAAGGCUUUAUUAAAGGGCGAAAAAACAUAGAGCUUGAGUUGUUAGAUUGUCAACAUCUUAAAGAGCCUGGCCUAUCUUAACUUACACAUUUUGCCAGAGUCUAGGAACCAGGACCAAAAUCUAGAACCUUGAAAUCAGACAAUCUAAAAUAGUGUGUGUGUCUGUGUGUCUCCAACAUGUGUCAAAGAUAACCCCAUGGUUAUCCAACAAAUAGGAAGAUUUGCUAUUUGUAUCUACAGAUAGUAAAAGUCUGUGCCCUAUGAUCCUCCUUUAUGGAUGGGCUCAAGCUGUGCGUAUACUGUGUGUGCAGUGUUCCACCACUACAAAUUGUUACACAUGUUGGAAUAAUGUAUGACACACAAUUAUUUUCAUAUUUUUUUCUGUAAAUCUUUUUUUCAUUAAAUGAAACUGUAAAAUAGAACAAGGCAUAUAUAUAUAUAUAUAUACUUAAAAGUUUAACAUUUAAUAAAAAAUCCCAAAAUAAGCAAAAAGGUAUCCUAAAUAUAAUAAUAUAAUAAUGGUUUAAAACGAACCCUUCUACGUGAGAUAAUUUUGUGUGUUCAUGCCUCUCUGUACCACAGAUAACUUGUCUGGAUCUCUAGAAAAUAUAUAUCCAGUUUCUAGUUGGAAACCAAUGUGGCAAAACUAAAGUUUGGCUUUUAAAGCUUUGAUUAUUCCUGUUUUGCAACAAUAUUAUUCAAAUACUAGACAGCAUAACCAUACCACCUUACAGUCUUUGUGGGAAAACAAAAACUUUGUAAAGUAUAAGGGUAAUUUGUGUAUAUAGAGACUCCCUGAAAAGGGCUGUAACCAACCUAAUCCACCCAAAUCUACUGCCUAUUUAAUUGUUAUUGUUAGAGUAUAAAAUGAAGAAGGCUGCCAAAACAUUCUUGGUAAAUUCAUUAUGAACAUCCAUAAACAGCGAAAACUCUGUGGACGAUUACAAAUAACCGCUAAAAAUUACCGUUUCCUAGAAUAUGGACAAUAGCCCCCUGGGUCCUUGGAGAGAUCCAAAAGUAAGAACACUAAAUCUUAAACUGUAAUCUGUAUCUACGGACAACUGAGAAAUUAACGUACGGUCUGCAGACCAAGAUACCCUACACCCAUUUCCCUAAUUAUCUGUUGGCUCACCAAGGGAAACGAGAUGCACAAGUUCCAAUGUUUAAAUACUCAUAAGUGCAUAUUCAUUUGCCAGAGGUACUAUUACUCCUACAUCAGGAACAAAUCCUGUUAACCUACUACAUAAGAGUGACUAACUUAAUGAAUGUCCUUCUUAUGGGUCAUAUGACCACCUGUCCGACUGAAAAUAGAAGAUCUAAUUGGUCCUGCAGACUAUAGCAAUUGCCUCUCGGUUUGACCAAAAUACAUUAUGAUGAAGAAAUACAAAUUCAAAGCCCUUUGUAAUAUCUUGAGAAACGAGGAUGAAAACUGUGAAUAUAAGAAUAUUCACUAAACCAAUUACCAUAGUCAAUUAAGAAACCCAUGUUAAGGAAUCUUCCUUAAAACAAUCAUGGCUAUUAUGUACAAAGUCCACUUACCAGUCGAAUUUAAAGUGAAUUAAGUAAAGAAAAACAAGCUAUUAAUUAAAUAAUAAAGCCCACAACUGGAAAACUCCUAACCAUGAUCCACUAUGAUCAGACCCGUUCCAUAAUGUUGCCACGUUUUUGUGAAGAAUCUGGAUCGAAUUAGUAACCAGCCCAUUGCACUUUAUGAUGGGUCUAUGUCACCAAAUAUAACCCGAAUGCUGAUCAUAACACUAGACUUAAAACUAAGCACAGUUCUAACUAAUCCUAAACUUCGUGUUAGAGGGAUUCUUGACAUAUGCCGAGGUAUUUCCCUCUCACUGAGUGUUCUUCACUGAGCACUCGCCUCAUUUAGGGCCGCUAAAUCAGGUUGUGACAACCUACCAGCACUUGCAGAGUGUCUGCCUUUUAAAGACUUCUCAAUAAGCUGAAAAAAGAAUACUGAGAAGUCUGGUCCAGCUAUAAUGCAAGUCUUCUCUAUUAGUGCUAUUGAGGUUUCUCUGUUGGGUUAUUCUGUGCCAUGGAAGAAUCAGUCCAUGUUGGGCUACUAAUUCUGGCCUCCGCUUUUAAGGGAUACCUGUUGAAAAUAGGCAAUAGUGGUAAAGUAAUCAAGAUGACAUAAUUAUUGGGUCCACAUGAAUCCACAAUUACUGGAGAUUAAGGAGUUCUCCAAGCGCACUGUAGUAGUUAUCGUGCCAGGAGUGCCCUCACAUUUGCUGCCUCCCCUAACCACUGUUGUAAGGAGUCAAACUGCUAGAAUGGUCUGACCUUUUACCUGGGGUCAAUCAAGCACUGCUUCCUGCCUCCACUAGAGACUUCAGAGAGCGGGAAGCUCCUGCUUAGGAUCUUCUGUUUGCUCUCCUAAGCUAAGCUUUGUGCAGGGCAAGCUGGCACAAGUUGCCUCUGUACUGAUUUUUUUUUUUUUUUUUUUUUAAACCUUCAUCUUUGUUUCUGUAAUAGGAAGCGAUCACUGUUCAAGAAGAUCUCCUCCAAGCAGUCAGCUGCACUUCACACCAGCAGAAGUUUUUCUUCUGGUCUUCACCAAUCCUUGUCUUCCAGCGAGAGCCUUCCAGCAUCUCCCACUCAUUGUCUGUCUCCUGGUCCAGCUACUUCAAGUUGGAGCCCAGAGCAAGAUCUUCAAGUUGGUAUGUAUUUGGCAUGUCACCACAAAAGAGGGUAGAACCUAAUAAAACAUUUGUAUAAAAUACAUUACUCUUCUGUUUCUGUGCCACAGCAGUUUGUCCCCGAUAAUCAAGCCGGUUUUUCAAACAUGGAAAAUAAGAGUGUUGAUAUGUCCACUAAUUGUCAUGAAUUUGUUUUACAGAUGCAGCUUCCCCACUGAGUACAUCACCUUGUUCCAGCACACCAAGCUCCCCUUCUGGGCACAUCCGACCUAGCUCUCUUCAGUGUCUGACACCCAAACUCAGUGGUCAGCGUUACAAAGUGGGACGCAGAAAAUCCACAAGCAGCAUCCCUCCAUCCCCGCUAGCAUGCACACCCUCUCCUGUCCCGCAGCAACCAAAUUCCCCUCAGCGUUCACCUUCUCCAUUACUGCCUGGGCAUCCAAGAAGUGGAGUCUUUCAGGGAAAGACUUUGUCACCUCCUGCAAUUGUUCGGCAAGGAGUUCGACCUCGUAGUUCAGAGGCCCCACGUUCACCUCUGUUGCAGCGAGUACAGUCUGUUGAAAAGAUUGCUACCUUUAUGGCUGGUGCUCGCAAGGCAGUCCUUUCAGAAACACAGCAUUGUGACGAGUCUGAGGCCUCUGAUGGUGGACUAGAUAUGACAAGCCACUAUAAGGAUUGUGGCACAGAAAAAUAUGAGCGUGACACAGAAGUUGUAGUAAUGCGUAGACUAAACCUCUCAGAGAGGCGGGACUCCUUCAAAAAGCAGGAAGCUGUGCAAGAAGUGAGUUUUGAUGAACCAGAAUCAGGUGUUGGUGAUCAUGCUACGGAGGAUAAGAAAGCAAUUCAAGGCUCAGGACUAUGGGGAAGAUUACCGUUCCAGACAUCCUGGAUUCAAGCGCGAUCAGGAUAUCUGAAAAUGGAUUCUCAAAAACAACUGUGCCACACAGUGCCACAAAUAGCUGUUCAAACAUCAGAAAGUGAAGAGCAGGAAAAGACUGGGCAGUGGGAGUGCCAAGGAUUUUAUCCAUUAGAACAGACCAGGAGAGAGAAAACUCCUCUAGCCAGCAACUUGGAAAAUCAAACUGAGAGCCACCCCAUUACCAGACAGAAUGACACGUAAAACCCAAUCAGUGUAUUGCUCAGAUGGUCAUUUGUAGUCAAAUAAAAGGGGCAGAGUAAGAUGAAAGAAAUGGAAACGAGAUCAGUUUCCACAGAUGAGGAGUUGAUCUGCAACAAAAGCAUUGUCUUACACUCUGCAGCAGGAAAACAUAGGGGAGAAAGAAAGUUUGUACAGUGGUACUUUGCAUUAUAGAGAAUUCUCCUGUGUACUACUGUCUGAAACUGUACUGUGCAUGAGCAGAGGUUGGAAGGAGCACCCAUAUUUAAAUUCCAUGUUUUUACAGUUUUUUGUUUGUCUAUAUUUCAUUUAAACUAAUUUUUAUUUCAACCAUUUAUGGUAGGGCUAAAGUUCCACUCAGCUAUUUGUGAGUGCAAGCCAAGCCUUGGGGCAGGGUACAUUUUAGGGUUUUCACAUUCCUCUAGGCCAAAUCUGUUGGACAUUGCAUUUCAACACAAAAGGGGCAUUUCCUUUGUGGAACCAGGUAUGUCUGUAUGUCUCCUCUAUACACACCUCUCUCCCAGCACCUGCAGAGAAUUGUGCAGAGGUAACUGCUGCAGAUUCUAUACCACAGCUUAGGGUGGCAGUCCAGCUUGGUUGUUUGUUCCAUAGGGUGGUCUAAUUUACUCCUUUUAUUUGGUCUUUUUUUAAUUCCUGUAAAUUACCUGGGAGUAGUCACUAGAGGAGUGCACUGCCACUUCUUAUUCUUGAUGAUGGUUUACAAGAGGCCUCACAAUCAAUAUUCUAAUUCUGAUGUCCAACAGACUAAUCAUAUGAACAUUUGUGAUUUUACAUUUAUUUUUUAUUUUUUUAAUGAUUCUGCCACGUAAAUGAAAGGGACUGUUGGCAUUGAAGUAGGACAAAGCUGAAGAGAUCCGUAGACUAGUUGGUUAGAAGAGAAACAUGAUAGUGAAGUGGGGGAUGUAAACUGACUUUUGGAAGAUGCAUUAGAUCUUUAAAUAGUAGAAGUGAGACAGUGAUACAGGUCCUAUAUUGAAGCAUGGGACAGAGGAAUAGGUUAAAAAGCAGAAAUUGAACAAAAAUAAACUAAAAAUGAUAAAGGGGACAUUUCAAAGAAAUGUGAGUUUUCUAAGAGACAUGAUGAGUGAGUUUGCUUAGAAAAACUAAAAUUGAGCACCGGAAAUGAGACAUGAGUGAAGGAAGAUGUAGCCGUAAACCGAUAUGAAGUAUCUUGGGAUGCCAUUAAGUAGGGAUUAGAAGGGGAGGGCCCAUUCUUUUAUAUUAUCUUAUUGCCUGACACAGUUGUACUCUUUGCCAGGACUGUUAAUGAGAAGAAACAGAUAUAGGAACCAACUGUAAUACAAAAUACACUUAGCAAUUCUCCAUCACGUAAUGCACACUUGAAGCAAUUAUACAUACGUGUCACUUAAUUGAGCUCAAAUUUGGCCUAAAGUUUUAAGUCAGAAUGUAAUGAAUUCAUUUUGUGGUGGUGAGUAGACCUGGCUAGACGCUUAGGACUUGCUUUGUGCCCAUUAUUAAAGGGGAUCUGUUACUUUCUAGGAUUUUUAAUAUGAUGUCGUUGCAUGCAAAGAAUUUAAUUUUAUUUUCUCUUAUUUAUUUGCAAUGUCUUUUAUAUAAAUUUUAAAGAAAAUUGAGCAUCUUAUGGAAAAAAAAAAAGGUUGAGAAGUUAUAGGGGAUUUUCAUUGUUUUAUUUAGUGGUGUAAAUUCCAAUGAAGUCACAGUUCCCCUUCUAGUUUAACGACGGGUAGCUGAUUUAAGAUUUGUCUUAAAAGAUUUCCCCCCCAAAACUAUUGUUAAUAUACAAAUCCUUUUAUCAUACACCUUCGAUUGGUCAUUUCUUGAAAACCAACCAUUUGUGACUGUCGGCUUUUAAACACUGUCCGACAUGAAUGUGGCUGGAGGAUCCUGUUAUAUAAUAAAAGCAGGGACAAAUUUCUCUAAUUUUUUACAUAAAACUUGACUAACGGCUUAUUAAAAUAGAUGUGAGAUGACCGUUGUCCUUUAAAUUGAUUAAACUCAAAAUUUUCACUGAAGUGAAGGAGUUGUCAACUUUGCGUAGAUGUUGAAAAAUCCAUUGUAUUGCAUAGUUGAUAUUUACUCAUCCCAGUUUCCAACUUUUCGAUGUUGACCAGUAACAUCCACACCCCUCACCUAUAAUUUAUAACUUUAAUGGCACUGAACUUACUUACAUUUUGAUAGAAUUCUGCGGGUUGUAUUGAUCUUAACACAAACAUGUAAAAUCUUUAAUCUGUUUACUUGUAACAGACCGCAUGUAUAGGAUAUCUACACUUGGUGUUAUAGUGCAUAGCUGAAAAAAAUCUGUGUUUAUUGUGCACUGUUUGCAUGCCUCUACAUUAGACGAUGCCAAAAUGUACCAUUCCCGCUGUUGCCAAAUUCCGAUUCCCUUGACUCCUUUCUUUUGUAUAGGGUGUUUUUAUGUAAUUUUGUUACAUAUGUUACCAAAGAAGAUUAACUUGGUCUCGCUUAAGAUGUUCUGUUGAUAGAAAUUUUGGCUAGCAUCCUACCCUACCAAAUAUUACAAUAAGGAACCUACAUUAACAUAGUAUUGCCCCUUUUAAUCACUAUAGAACAUCAUACUUCCGUAAUGGCUUCUAAUUGUCUCCAUCCCCAGCUGGAUUUACACAGAGAGAAUACGUUUUAUUAUAUGGUGGGUGUCUAAAAUGCCCAAGGCUACUAAAAAUAUUUGUCUCAUUUAAUGAAAGUAAACACUUUAUGAUGAUCUGCCUUUUUUAUUUUAAAAUGUAUUAUAUUAACAUUUUAUUUAUAUCUGUUCCAGAACAAACUCUUACAAAAUGCUUUUUAUAGAUAAUUGGAUACUGAACAAUGCAUUUACUAAUUUGCUAAUUAAGUCUGCAAGCAUUUACUUUUUGCUUUAUUAAAGCAUAUAGAACCAUUAUAUCAAAAAUGUAUAUCACAAAAACAGUUUUUGAUUGAAGGAACACUCCCAACCACCACUCGUUUAGGUUGCUUACAUUCAGGGGUUAAAAUGUUAUGAACUCCUGACUUCAUAACAACUUAGAUGAGCUGAUUUGUUAUGGGGGUUAAUGUUGUGAUAAUUGAGAGGAGAUAGAAAAGGGAAAAAAAAACCUAAAGGUACAGGAGACUUAUGGACUAGGAAUCCUCAUGUUAAUAUGUAAUACAUUGUCCAUAUCAUCCUUAAGAGUGCUGCAAUAUUAAUUCUGAAUUCCACUGAACAAAUUGAUAGAGAGGAAGGAAAUUAGACACAGUGUAGUACUUACAAUAAUUUAAAAUUUUAUUAAAUGUCUAACGCACAAAUGCGGAUGCACAAACACUGAUAAACAUACAGAUCCACAAACACUGACCCAUGUGCAUACAACACAGGCAGAGAUACUCCCCUUCUCUCACAGUGUAGCACUCACUCCUGCUGUGUGUACUUCACAAGUCUUGCCCCUAUGAGCCUCCCUGCAGCCCUGCCUUCUUCCAGUAAGGCCAGCAAUCCUGGGAAGGUCCCAGUGGCGCCUGUGAGCAUAACACGCAUUGGUGGAACUGCUGACCCGCUAGGGCCCAAAGUGCUGUCACCAGGGGUCAAGUCCUGGGGGAAAAAAGUGUGGGAUUCUCCCCCCCCCCCCCAAAAAAAAACCAAACACUCGUAUGCAUAUAUAAAUGCGUUCACAGACACACUCAUACACUCACUCACUCACCGACGCACACACAUACUCAUACACUCACACAGUGGUGUAUUUUAAUUUUGUGCUGCCCUAGGUAUGACUAUACCUGAGCACCCCCUAAUCUAAAUUUACCACCCCUUCCUAUCAAGGGCGCACCGCGUCCUGAUUAAGAACCCACCCCUUCCUCUUUAGAUUCCACCUUUUCCUGCUCCUUUUAAAGAAAUACUAUAGUGGUUUCCUGGCACUAUAAUUCCCUAUAGUGCCCCCCUCCCUCAUGUCCUCUCCUCCCCCACUCGACACUGAAGGGGUUAAAAUCCUAUGGGUAUUUAGCAGAUGCUGGAUGUCGUCAUGCACAGAGUGAGGACGUCCAGCAUCAGUUAGGUGACUUUUGGUGAACGGCGUUCCUGCUGUGUAAAAAAGUGCAGGAACGCCGUUCCCACAGGACUCAAGCCCUGGCUGUCACACUGGCUGCACAAUUUUGUAUUCCUAAAACUCUAGUGUUCCUUUAAAGACAUUUAAUUAUAUAAAUGAUGUUGAAGUGAUUAUUUGUGGGGGGCGACAUAAAUCUACAUAAUUGUCCAUUUGCAAUUGUUUAAUUUCUACAAGUCUUAUCUUAGUGGUCAUAUCCACUUUUUCUUUUCCUAUGUUUCUAUUGGAAGUUAAAGAAACCCUCCAAACACCAUAACCACCACAGCCUGCUAUAAAGAAACAAAUAGAACCGCACUAAAUUACAGGGCAAUAUGCCUGUGUAUUACAUAUACAUGUCAGUGCAACCAUUAAUUAGGUAGGAUUCUAAUUCUGAAUAAAGUUUUCCCUGAAUCAUUUUUUAUUUCCACAUGCUCUUGUUGCAUACAAUGUACUGUCUACAAUAGUGUUUAAAUAUUAUACAAUAAGUAAUUUUUCUUUUUUUUUCAUUUUAUAUUUUUUAUUCUUUUUAUCACUCAGUGAAAGUAGUGCAAUUCAUUUAAAUGUAGUAUUUAAAGUAAUGUAUAUUUCUUAACUAUGUGAAAUUAUUUCUCUAAGUAAACAUCUGCUUGGAUAGAGGUUUGAAGAUGAAAAAAAAAAUUUUUUUAGCAGUUGUUGCAUGAACUAUCAAUGGCAGUGACUACUAGAUUAACACUCCUAUCAAAAAUUACUUUUUUUUUUUUUUUCCCGCGCCUCAACUUUUUUUUUGGGUGCUUGUAGGACAAAAUAAAUGUAUGUGCUUAUUUGUGAUAUCUUACUUUCAUAAUGCUUGCAUUUCCCAGUAAUUUAUUAUGAUAGCAUAUUUUUGUAAAUAUUAUAUACAUAUUUUGGUUUGCUCCCUCCCUAAAACCUGUGCAAUUCCCCAAUGCUGCCUUCAGGAAAAAAUGGACAUUACUGAUAUUUGUAUACAAAUGAAAUGUGUAACUUAUUUAUUUUUUAUUGUUAAAACGUUUAGCAAAUGCAGUUUUUUGUAAAACAAAGGUGAUUAUGGAAUUUAUUCAAUCUUUGUUGAAUGUUUUUGUGCCUCUUGUACAUUAUUGUUUCUGUGAAUGCUAACAUUGUGGUUGGUGGUGGGAAUAGCUUAACUCACAGGCUGAGCACAGAAAUAAUUAGAAAUGAAUUGUUUCACAUUUUAUUUUUGUUGCAUAAAUAUAAGAAAAGGGCAUUAUCAUCUGUUGUGCCACACAUGAACUUUGCCUUUUACACAUAGUAAAUGUUUCUACAUGGUCAAUGCUCAGUCGAUUUGCCACCUGAGUUUGUCCAUAACACUUAACACCUAAGUGUUGGUACAUACAUGAGUUUAACCCAGCAUUAUCGGAAGACAAUCACUUCCACCUAAGCUAGAGUAAUU